GUUCAAGUUCCGCUCGCCUCUUCCUAGCUGAAAUUAGUUCCAGGCGGUUAUAGUCAUUUCCCCGUAUUUUAACAGGGUCCCUGGGGGAAUCGAGGUAAGGGUGCUCCCCCUGGCUCAUAGGAAGCGAUUGUCCCUUCUGAUAGACUGUAACCCCCCUCCACAGAGCACACUCAUUAGACAUCGGGAAAAGGGUGAAAAGCGUGAUGAAAAUUGGCAGAGAUGGAGUUUCAGGGAAAACACAGCUAUGUGCCGCUGAAGAGAUUUGGAUACAACAGCUCAUUGUAUGAGCUGAGAAAGGUGCUUGCUAGGUCCAUGUGGAGGGAAACAGAGAGCCAGGGUAGUGUUAUAGUCUUUUAGUGUGCUUUUGGUAGUAUCCGUUACACCAAUGGCUAGUGGGUGAGAGGAAAUUCAGAAGCCUGUAUAUACCACAUACAGCAGCACCCAACUUAAGCAGGCCUGUGACAUUAACUAGACAUUGUCCCCCAUCAGUUCCUAAAUUCGGCAAUUGCAAUAAACUACAAUUCUUCUCCACAGUUGUCUCACAAUGAUAGCCAACUAGAGGCACUGGUUACAAACACAUUCAAGGCAAUCUAUAGGUGAGGAUACUAGCAUUAAGCCAGACUCACCCUCUCUCACCUGUAAAUAGCUAGAGAACUGUCAGCAAUCCCAUACCCAGACACAAACCAGUCCAGUAACUAGGCCAAUUAACAUGGCUUUGGAUAAGUGUAUUCUAGCCCACCGUGUGAGAGGAAUGUUAGCAAACUGUAGCAGGAGCCCAGACAGGACUAAGAGGCUGGAGACAGUCAGUCAGUGCCCGGACCCGCGGUAAGUACCAGCAGUCAGUCAGUCAGUCAGUGCCCGCACCCGCGGUAAGUACCAGCAGUCAGUCAGUGCCCGGACACGAGGUAAGUACCAGCAGGCAGUCAGUCAGAAUGCCGAGGCUCCUUUUGUCCCCGUGUGUUAAGCAGCUGGAGACAUUCCCCAUGCACACAGCCCCCCCUCCGUCUAUUGUCUGCCCCUCAUGGUAACCGCGGACCCUCUACUCCCACCAACACCCAGCACAGUGGGCGUGACUUCCCCGUUACUGAGCGCUGAAUGGUGGGAGGGGCGUGUCCAUAGCGUGCGUGCCAUGGUGCGUAAUGACGUCACGACGCGUAGCGGCGGCGCUGUGUGAGGAAGGAGCGGAGGGAGAGCGCUCUCGGCGGUUGUGAUCCAUUACCCUGCUUCUCGGUGACCCUCCCCCUCUCUCCGGUCCCUCAUUAGGUGUCAUUAGUCUCCGUGCCAGGCCUUCGGACUACCCGCCUGGGUGUUACCGUGUCUUCGCCUCUCCGGAGCGAGCUUGCAGGUGAGCUCACGGUCUAUUCACGGGCUGACAUGUCCGCCGGGCCCGCAUUGCGUAACCAUGGGACUUGUGAGGGAGGAGGGGGGAGUUACGUCAUGUGUGGGGCUCGGCCGCUGUGUGUUGUGUCGGAGAGCGAGGUGUUUUUCGUGUCGCUGUGAGGUGCCCUCUGACCCUGGCUGGGCAGGGAGAGUGCUGGGAGUCUGGCAUCGCUCGCUGUGAGCUCAUACAUGGCUGGCUGGCGGUGCUGGGUGUGCCCUGUGCUAAGGGUGGCGGUUGUGGACUACAUUUCACCCUGUAGGGCGAACACCAUGGGGAGUGUAGUCCCCAACAGAGAGAAAUGCCUUCAGGCGUUUUACGCAGUUUCCGUAAGCCCCACUGGCCUGUGUGGGUUUGAUGUUGGCGGGAGCUGCUCUGUUUACGUACUGGCAUGAUGAUGCCUUUUGCGUGUUCUGUUGGGCGGUGCUCGUUGGUGGGCGGGGGAUCGCUGUGUCAUUGGCGUAAAGUUGUGCAGAGUGGAUAGUGGGGCUGGGUUACGCAUUUUGCGUACAGUUGACCGGAUGUUCCUGGUAUUUUUACGCAGAUUGCGCAACCCCAGGUAAAGCCUUGGUGGUGCUGCAAAACCACACGCACACAAUGGGAUUUAUUGCAGUAAGGGUACAUGAUGGCUUCUCUUUAAUGGGGGGAUGGUUAUAAAUGAAAUAAAAAGGCUAGAGGCCAUUUUCAGCUAGUGGACCUGGCAGGCUAGAUCAGUUAUAAAAACGACUUUUCUAUUUUUGACAUUUCUUUUAGUUACAUAAAGGUACAGUUGAUAUAAAAAAAAAUCACAAUUGUUUAUACAUUCCAGAUGUGAGAUUGCCCAUGGUUUGAUUAGCAAUGUUAAAUUCUAAUCGUACACUAUAUAUAUAUAUAUAUAUAUAUAUAUAUAUAUAUAUAUAUUAUUAGUGUGUGGUGGUUUUUUUUUAAUGCAUAUUUACUCAAGGAUAUAUAAUUGUAUAUUUUUUUUUUUGCUACUAUACACUACACUAUACAAUCGUGUAGUGUAACUUGCACAUGAUCAAUGUUGUUAAAGUGGCAUUCAUUUGUAUUAAUAAAAUAUAUAAAUAUAUGAUUGUGUAUUUGUUUUCUGUUCCAUCCCCUCAUUUUUAGGAUACCUCUGGUGCUUCAAUUGCAGUAUUGUAUAUCAGUGUAGCUGAACAGGUUUACUGUCUGCAAGCCUUAUGAUCAGUUGGACAAUAAGCUUGAUCAUUUAGCUGAUCUUGGAAUGCCAGAGAUUUAUUGACAAUCUAACCGCUGUAGUUAAGGGUUUGGUUUAUAGUGUGUGAUUUACAUUUCAGUGUAGUACAGAUGAUGAAGAAAUGAGAGGUUGUAUAGAUCCUAAUCUGCACAUCCAACAAAUACACUGGAUGAGUAAAUAUUUUGGCAUCAGAGCAGUACAGCUUUAACAUCUUUGAUGCUAUAACAGUUCAGUGUCUCUAAAAGAGAUGUCAUAGACUUACUCCAUUGUGUAUUCAGUAUCUAGACUCCACAUAACUUUUUCUAUUACUGAUAGGAUUUUAGUUUUGUAGCAUGAUCUACUAUUCUACUAUUAUAAUUCACCAUGUUUGACUCUAAGCUGCAUCUAAAAAGGGAGUGUGUGCCACUGUGAGGAACCCUGAGGGACACUAUAGUCCCCAAAACAACUUUAGCAUAAUGAGGCAGUUUUGUGUAUAUCCAGCGCCGGGCUCCCUCGGCACUGGUGACCUCUCCUCCUGCUCCGACGUCAGCUCACAGUGGAGCCAAAUGCGCAUGCGCGGCAAGAGCCCGCGCACUUUUAAAGCGCCCAUAGGGAAGCAUUUCUCAAUGCUUUCCUAUGGACGUUCUGCAUGCUCAAACAAAUUAAACAGAAUUUGCAAUAAAUGAAAUGUAAAACAGUAGAUGACUGUUUAGAGGACGUUUUUAGGAAGGCUGUGUAAACGACAUGCAGGAAUGAGUGACUUGGGCAGCAUAAACUGAAGCAAAAGUGAUUUAACUCCUAAAUGGCAGAGAAUGGAGCAGCAAGACUGCAGGGACAUGAUCUACACAUAAAAAUUGCUUCAUUAGCUAAAGUUGUUUUGGUGACUAUAGUGUCCUUUUUAACUGCCAAUUCCACCAGUUUUUUCACUGUUAUCAUUUGUGUGACAGUAAGGAAAUACUCUGACAUCCUUAAAUACAUUUCAAAUUAUUUGGGUAUAAAUUUGCUAAACAAAAUGUGUGUGUGUGUGUGAUGUGAUGUGAAAAUUGGAGGGGUAGGAAAUUGAGAGGGAAUUUUAAAAAAAUUCUGAUAGAGUAUAAUUCUAUUGCACUUUAAAAGCAGCUAAUCGAACAAGGAAAGUGCCUUAAACAUACAAAUAAGUGCUGCGGUAUAAGUUGGCGCUUUAUAAAUACCAGUAAUAAAUAAAACUACCUUUAUUUAAAAAAAAAUCUUGUCUGGAACUACAGAGCAGUUUAACCAAUCAUUGUUAACAGGCGUAGUCCCAGAAGAUUGGAAGUUAUUGAAUGUUGUGCCCAUCCACAAGAAAGGUAAUAGGGAGGAGUCGGGCAACUAAAGGCCAGUAAGCCUUACUUCAGUAGUGGGGAAAGUGAUGGAAACCAUGUUAAAGGAUAGGAUUGUUGAACAUCUAAAAACACAUGGAUUUCAAGAUCAGAGACAACAUGGGUUUACUUCAGGGAGAUCAUGCCAAACUAAUCUUACUGAUUUUUUUGAUUGGGUAACUAAAAUUAUAGAUCAGGGUGGUGCAGUAGACAUUGCUUACCUAGAUUUCAGUAAGGCUUUUGACACUGUUGCACAUAGAAGGCUUAUCAAUAAACUGCAAUCUUUAAGUUUGGAUUCCAAUAUUGUUGAAUGGGUAAGGCAGUGGCUGAGUGACAGGCAACAGAGGGUUGUAGUCAAUGGAGUAUAUUCGAAGCUUGGACUUGUCACCAGUGGGGUACCUCAGGAAUCUGUACCUGGACUCAUUCUCUUUAGUAUUUUUAUUAGUGAUAUUGCAGAAGGUCUUGAUAGUAAGGUAUGUCUUUUUUUGCUGAUGAUACUAAGAUAUGUAACAGGGUUGAUGUUCCGGGAGGGAUAAGCCAAAUGGCAAAUGGUUUAGGUAAACUAGAAAAAUGGUCAUAGUUGUGGCAACUGACAUUUAAUGUGGAUAAGUGCAAGAUAAUGCAUCUUGGAUGUAAAAACCCAAGGGCAGAGUACAGAAUAUUUGAUAGAGUCCUAACCUCAGCAUCUGAGGAAAGGGAUUUAGGGGUGAUUAUUUCUGAUGACUUAAAGGUAGGCAGACAAUGUAAUAGAGCAGCAGGAAAUGCUAGCAGAAUUCUUAGUUGUAUAGGGAGAGGUAUUGGCAGUAGAAAGAGGGAAGUGCUCAUGCCAUUGUACAGAACACUGGUGGGACCUCACUUGGAGUAUUGUACACAGUAUUGGAGACCGUAUCUUCAGAAGGAUAGUGAUACCUUAGAGAGGGUUCAGAGAAGGGCUACUAAACUGGUUCAUGGAUUGCAGGAUAAAACUUACCAGGAAAGGUUAAAGGAUUUUAACAUGUAUAGCUUGGAGGAAAGACGAGACGGGGGGAUAUGAUAGAAACAUUUAAAUACGUAAAAUCAACACAGUAAAGGAGGAGACUAUAUUUAAAAGAAGAAAAAGUACCACAACAAGAGGACAUAGUCUUAAAUUAGAGGGACAAAGGUUUAAAAAAUAUCAGGAAGUAUUACUUUACUGAGAGGGUAGUGGAUGCAUGGAAUAGCCUUCCAGCUGAAGUGGUAGAGGUUAACACAGUAAAGGAGUUUAAGCAUGCGUGGACUAGACAUAAGGCUAUCCUAACUAUAAGAUAAGGCCAGGGACUAAUGAAAGUAUUUAAAAAAUUGGGCAGACUAGAUGGGGCCAAAUGGUUCUUAUCUGCCGUCACAUUCUAUGUUUCCAUGAGAAAGCACAAGCGUAAUGAUGUCUAUGAUAAAGUACCCUUAAUUUGCGAAACACGUGAGCGUCAUCAUGGUUUUGCCUUCACCCUGCUGUUAAUGUGGAAAAAAAAAAGCAUUUUUCUUUAUACGUUAUUUGCACGUUUUGGGCACGUAAUUUUCCUUAUUUCAAGAGCUGCUUUUGAUUUGCAGCAUUUGCUUUACAUGCUCAGACCCUGCAGAAGCCCAAGUGCAUUCCAAUAGUAUUAAGAUUUUUGUAACCCCAACCAGAUAUUUAAAAGCAUGAGAUUUUCUUCUCAACGUAAGGGUAUCAUGUGAACCACCAUUUUUGUGUGUGUAUGUAUAUUAGAUAUAUAUCUAUCGCAAAAGAAGAAAAAACCCAAAACAUUGCUUAAAGGACCACUAUAGUGCCUUGAGGGUGCCCCCACCCUCAGGGUCCCUGUCCCGCCGGGCUCUGGGGAGAGGAAGGGGUUAAACACUUACCUUUCUCCAGCGCCGGGCAGGGAGCUUUCCUCCUCCUCUCCUUCCUAGCGACGUCAUCGUCUGAAUGCGCAUGCGCGGCAGGAGCCGCACGCGCAUUCAGUCAGUCUCAUAGGAAAGCUUUGCCAGCAUUAUGGGUGUAAGAUCAUUAUGGGGGGUGCAGUCCACAACAUCUGGAGUGCCAAAGGUUGCCUAUCCCUGGAUUAAGUGCUGCAUAAUAUGUUGGUGCUAAAUAAAUACAAAAAUUAUAAAUAUGCCAGAAAGGAAUAUAUCUAGAGCAGUCUGCUCUCUGACCCUAGUAAUUAGAUCAAUAACCAACACUGGAAACAUGAUAUUCUAAAUUUUGGUGAAACACUGAUUGCUAUAACCCCAAGCAGUAAUCAAAAGCAACCCCAUGCUGUGAUCAUGUCUGGACGUAUUAAUAGCUGCCCAAAGUUGUUAGGUUGGUUCUAAAUGCAUGAAUAUCUGCCCCAAGUUGCUAUGCUUGUCCAGCAGGUUUCCCCUAGUUAAUCUGAGAACCAAAUGAGGUCAUUGGAGAAGCAAAUUGCAAGAACCUUGGCACUAACUUUGUAUUGGAGUAUAGUUCUUUGGCUGGAAUUUACUUUUGUGUUUUGUUGCAAAUUUUAAUAAUUGAAAAGUCAGCUAUAUUGACAAACUGGUUAGUUUAUCCUAAAAAUUGAAAUUCAAUUUUAAUUCACCUUCAAUUAUUUAUUUGCAUGGGGUUAGUUAAAGUUUGGUCCAGCCAGAUAAUGUUUCUUGAAAUAUAAUGCUUGGGAUGUCUAAUGCUAGUUUAUGCGAUGUACAGAUCAACCGAAUAUCAACGGGAAAAUAUUUGGGGGCAUUAAAAAGGGUACGAAUACGGUCCAGUCGGACUGUAAAAUAUAUACUGGAAGGGACACUAUAGUUACCAAAACAACUUUAGCUUAACCCCUUAAGGACCAAACUUCUGGAAUAAAAGGGAAUCAUGACAUGUCACGUGUCCUUAAGGUGUUAAUGGAACACUAUAGUGUUAGAAAUAGAAAUAGAAAUACUAAAGUGUCCCUCUGCCUUCCUAGCAUCAAGGUUCCUCAGCACUGGGUCAGGCUCCUCCGACAUCAGCUGAUGGGGGAACCAAAAGCGCAUGUGCAGUGAGCGUCACAUUAAAUUAUCACUUUGUGUCAGGAAAACAAAGCGUUUUUGCCGAAUGCGCAGCAAGUGCCACGCGCGCAUCCAUAGUGUCCAUAGGAAAGCAUUUCUCAAUGCUUUCCUUUGGACGCUCUGUGCGAUGGAGGCAUAAUAUGCCUCCAGCGUCGCAGAUGCGCCUCUAGUGGCUUUCUGGAAGACAGCAACUAGAGGCUGGCUUAACCCCAAACGUAAACAUAGCAGUUUCUCUGAAACUGCUAUGUUUGCAUCUGAAGGGUUAAAACCUGGGGGACCUGGCACCCAGACCACUUCAUUGAGCUGAAGUGGUCUGGGUGACUAUACUGUCCCUUUAAGCCUUCCCCAUAGAAUAACACUGGCUCAGUGCUUUCCUAUGGGAAUUUAGAAGAUGCCGGACAUCCUCAUGGAAAGUGUGAGGAUUUCCAGCGUCGUUUCACUGAGUAAAAUUUAAUGAGAAGCCAGGAAACGCCUCUAGUGGCUGUCUGGUAGACAACCUCUAAAAGCAGUUUUGACCCUUUAAUGGAAACAUUGCAUCUCUGAAACUGCAAUGUAAACCUAAGGGGACAGGGACAAUGCACCCACUUCAAUGAGAUAAAGUGGUCUGGUUGCCUAUAGUGGCCUCUUACUGAAGCAGUUUGGGUAUAUAGAUCAUGCCCCUGCAUUCUCACUGCUCAAUUCUCUGCCAUUUAGAAAUUUAUGUGGCCCUAGUCACAUCUCCCUGUAAGCAAUGCCUUCCUGAGCACUUUCUCUAAAGUGAGAUCUAAUGUUUACACUUCCUUUAUUGCAAAUUCUGUCUUGUUUAUAAUUAUCUUUUGCUCUGUUAAUAGCUCGCUAGACUUUGCAGAACCCUCCUGUAUAUGAUUAAAGUUCAAUUUACAGCAGGAGAUAAAAGCCUCUAAACUAAGUUAAUAUAAAUAUUAUGUAUAUAUUUUGCAGUACACUGGUGCAUUUUCCUGCCAUUUGGUUUAAAGAUAAAGUGAGAAAAUGUAACCAAUAGAGGAGAAAGAAGGAGGAGCAGUAAAAAAAUAAAUACAAAUAAAUGUAUGUCUGUCCCUUGUAAUUACAAUUACUCUGUUAUGUAACACCUAUAAGUGGAUCUACAGGCAUGUAAUAACCACAAGGAAAAAGUGCAUGAAUCGUACACAAAAAGCAAUGUCAUUCCCUUAAAUCUCCCUUUCCUUUUAGUUAGCCCCCCCCCCCCCCUUCUUUUUCUUACACCUUUCCCCAUUUACACUCUCAAGACUCCUUAAUGGCUAACUCCACACCCCUUAUGCUGAUCAUUUUCAUUUUACUGUUACAUGGUAUGCAGGGCACCUAUCUUUAUGUCUUAACAUCUUGUCUUGUUACACUACAUUUUUUUCUGUAUCCUGAUGCUAUGCUGUCCAGGUAAGAGCAAAGAUUAUUCACAUCGUGAUGGUAUUGGGUGGUUAAUGCUAUACUUCAGGAUAAGUAGAUUCAUGGUAGUGUAUGAUGCUAGGGGACCUUGUGGCACUAUUAUGAAUGGAUUGUUACGUGUAGCACUCUGGUGGGGUAUGUAUUUUAAUAGUGAUAAAAAGUUUGGCAAAGUUAACUGUUUGGCAAUAAUGAUAUUUGAGGACACUAUUGUUGGGUGAAGAGGGCUGUGUGUCACUGUUACUGAUGUUUUAUUCAGUGUUUUGAAGGUUUUAGGUCCUUUUUGGUUUCAUUUGAAACCGUGGACAGAAGUAGAAAAAAAUUCAAAUUUUUAAUUUAAAAAAAUAAUGUUGUGCAUGGUUGGCAAGUCUUUGGGAUGUUCUAAAAAUAGAGCACUCAACUGGAACAUUUGGUUUACCUGGUGAUUGUUCCACAUUACAGCUUUGGCCCAGAGCUGCUUAUAUACACAUAACCCCCAAAGACCUAUAGAAAAUGCAAUUUUUAUAGAAGUCAGAUAUACCAGUAGUUAUAAAUUAGCCUGAUUUAUGUGUGGUAUGAUUUGUGUUUUUGUUUUAUUUUCACAUGAUAAAGGUAUAUUGCUAAAGAUUGGCUUAUUUAUUUGAACUAGAUAUAUUAAUUGUAUGGUAGUUUGGUAUACUUAUUGCAGGGUUAUUGUGUUUUAUGGGAUAGAUAUUACUUGGAUUGGGGGCUAUGGGUUGUAUUGUUGAAUUUGUAUAGUAUUGGUGGAACUAUUGUAUAAUGUCAACAUAUUAAGCUGUUAAAAAAAAAAAAAACCUAAAUGAAGAAGGAAUUGUAUUUCUUAAGUACUGGAGGUACUAUGGUAUAAAAGGUAUAGGCUGCUAAAAGCUUACAUUAAGUACUUGUAAUUUUAUAUAGUAUUUCUUUUAAUAAUUGCUGCACUUGUCAGAGGCCAACUGUGUUUCAUUGUCCUCUUAUGUACAUUGUACAGUGAUACUAAAGUUGAAUCUGAUAUGUCUAUUAUGAUUUUUUUUUUAAUGGUUUCUCCCUUUUCCUCCCUCCAUUUUUUCCCUCCCCCCCUUUAUAGUACUUUGUUCAGUGAUACAGCUGUUUUAUGUUACAACUGAUAGUUCUUUAUCGUUUACUAUUUUUCAAAACAUGUUUUACCUAUAUAUUCAGUUUGUUUUUAUUAAAAGUUUCACAUUGAACAGUUUGACUUAUAUGCUUAUGUAAUUUUGAGCUUCUCCAUAUGUAAUUGUUAUUCCAAUUGUGCAUACUUAUUUUCUAGUUAUGUAUGUUUGUCUUCUGUUGACUUUUUCAAUAAAAACAUUACAUAAAAAAAAUAAAUUAGCUUGAAUAUUUUCUUUUAUUAAUGAUAUUUUAGGGCUUAGAAAUUGAAGAAGCCUUAGAGAAAUAUCCCAAAACACGAGGCCUCAGUGGUUAGAAGUUUAAUUAUCGGUUUUCUGGUGUUUGCCCAGACAAUGAUUGUGUACCUGAAAAGGCAAUAGUGCAAGAUCUAACGAAGUUAAAGUCUUUCUAUUGUAAUGAUCAUGAUAGAUUUAUUUAUUGUGGAACUAAGUGACCUUUUAAAAUUGUAAAGUCUACCCCCAGUACAGUGAAGGUGUGACUCGGAUUCAGGAUUGUUUACGUGUGCUUGUAUGUAGAUGCAGAGAAUUGAUGUGUUAAUUGGAUAAACAAUCAGUAUUUGAAUCAUUCCAUGGUACCAGGUUGAAUAGAACAAAAGAGCUGCAUAUAUUAUCUUACAAAAUAAAAUGCAAUCAUACAUUAACAUGUAAAGGUUUCUAGUCCUGGCAAACCUGUGACUUUCUAGCUGUUGGAGUGUAAUUUGCAUAAUGUCUCAAGCCAGUCUUGGUGAUUUGCUAGUGAAUUGGCAGGGAUGCAAAGCACGGGUGUGGAAUUAAAAAUAAAUAAUUAAAAAAAAAAAAACACUUGCACAAGAGACUAAAGUUGUAACCCAAUCUACUUGUUCUGACACAAAAUAAUUUUAAAUUAAAAAGAUUGGAGCCCCUGGAGUGAGGAAUAAAAUUAUUUUUAAAUGAUUUAUAUUUAAUAUAGUAAAAUUAUGAAAUUUCUUUGAAAGGGAAAAAAAAAUGCUUUGCGCCUUCAGAAUGUAUUAGUCACAGAAUCCUACCCCAUAUAUAUAUAUAUAUAUAUAUAUAUAUAUAUAUAUAUAUAUACACACACACACUAAUAUUCUUGAAAACAUUAAAAAUCAGACUGCCAUAUAUAUUUUCUGCAUUUACCUCUGAACAAAAACUUAAUGCACCAGUUUGGCAAAAAAAAAAUUAUAAUAAAUUGAAAGGAACAGUUGCCAUCAGAACCCUGUAAGCGAAAAUAGUUGGCAUAGAAACGCCUUGAAAUACAUAUAAAUAAUCAGUGCAUUUGUAGUGGCAAGUAACUUUUAGUAUUGCCUUGUAUCUUAGGAAGUGAAAUUUUGAGCGCUAUAACCUGGUAUGUCUACAAUAACAAAAGAAAGCAGUACAAUAUAAACUUUGUUUAGUUGAUAUGCAACAUAAGCAUGUAUUUUUUUUCUCUCUCUCUCUUUUUUUUUUUUUAUAAUGGUCUGCGAGGUAAACAAAGUAGUGCUAAACUAUCCCCUUUCCCUUAUUUCAUAGAAGCAAAAUGUUUAUUAAAAAAACAAAACAAGACCCUAGUCUAGGAGUAAUUGGCAAGGACGAAAACGUACAAGCUUUCCAGGUUGCAGUCAUUUAGCUACUAUCCAUAAGUGCAUGGUCUUAUUCUCUAUUCAAAGGAGAGAUCCCUUACAAGGUCUCAUUUGAUAUUUUAUACAAAAACAAAGCUCUCUUUAAAGUACCUACUGUCUCAUUCUCAUCACUAAACCAGUGUUUAUAGAAGUCUUCAUCCUGGUGACAUGCAGUGGGGUUUGUUUUACACCAGACUGCAUCAUGCAGUAAUUGAUCUAAUUAUUUCCUUUGGAUUCCAAGGAUUUUUUUACAUUAUUGCAGGUGUGUUAAUACCAAAUGACAUCUUAGACAAUCUGUUGUACAGGUUCUCUUACACCUUCUUAUUGAGGAAACAUUGCACUUUGCAGCAGCAAAUUGGUUGUCUGAUGCAACUGGAAGAAACACAUUUGAGAGAAACAAAUGUACUUUACAAGUUACACCAUAGGAAUCAACUCGAUCUAUUAGUUCUAGUAAACAUACAUGAGCUUUCCAUUUAGAGAGAAGUAAUGUUUUGUUUUUUUUGAGACAACCUAAUGUCAUUGAGCAUUAUUAUUAUUUUAGCUGUUUAUGCAUUCCAUUCAGUUGUUAUUAAAGUCAGCUAGAUCUUUAACAAAGUUAUAUAGUUCAGCUAGAUAAAUUGUAACCAAAUAUCAUUUUGUAAUUUUAAUCUAGUUCCCAUGACAGAGCCUUGGAAAAUAGAACCUGUAAUGCUAAGUCACACUUAUGCUACUUCCAUAAAGGGGGAUGCUUUCUCAUACAAUUAUAGGAUCAGCCCCCCUAUUAAAGUUUAAAACGCACCUUAUUUCCAGCGCCGUGUGUCUGCUGGUGCUGGCUCCGCCCCCUUUGUGACAUUACCAAAAUGGCCGAUUUUUAGUCAAUCCAAUGCAUAGGUAAAGUAUUGGCUAAAAUCAGGGCGGGGCCAAAUGCCGUUUUGGCCAAUCAGGACCUCCUCAGAGAUGCAUUGAAUCAAUGCAUCUCUGAGGAAAAUUCAGCAUCUCCAUGCAGAGCGUCGGGACGCUGAACGGUAGGGCUGCUUACAGCCCUGAGCCAGGAAGCCCCUCCAUUGGCCAUCUAAGGAGUGACCUCUUGGAGGUGUCCUUAGGGGCAAUGUAAACACUGCCUUUUCUUUGAAAAGGCAGUAUUUACAAGAAAAUGCCUGAAGGGAGAUAUUAUACUCACCAGAAAAACUACAUUAAGCUGUAGUUGUUCUGGUGACUAUAUUGUCCCUUUAAGCUAUACUCUCAGGAUCCUCAAUAGACCUCUGUUUUGUACUCUGGCAUAAGCCAGAAUAUAACAUAUACAUGGACUUUUGGCAGCUGAAGCAGAAAGAGCAUGGCUGUGGCAGUGAAAGACCGGUUCAGGCAAAUAUAACUCAACUUUCUCUGCUCCCGACCACCGGACAUCUAACUUUUCCUGCACCCUGACCACCAACUGGGAUCUUGGCAAAUUAUGCAAAAAGUGCCCAGAUAGUAAUAAAGCUGCUUUAAUGCUUACUAAAUCCCUACAACAGGGCUAGUCAAAUCUCAGGUCUCCAUGACCAACAGGAAUUUUGUCAGGCCAUUCAGCGGCUGCGGAAUGGAGUUGGGCGGAGAGUGAGAUGCAAUUUCAAGCUCUUCUUGCUCUGCUCCUUAACUCAACCUGCUGUCAGAAUAUGAUGUCACUCCGUCAUCCCUAAACAGCGUGCGAGGGAGCAGAGAGCAGCCCCACAGGACCCUAGGGAAAGUACCCAAUCCAGCUCUCCCAAAGCUGUGUCUGUCUAGGUAACCAGCCCCCUCUGAUUGCAUUGGAAAGGUGUUCUUACCAUUUUUUCCCACGCCAUGUCGGCUCUUCUGUAGCUGGCCCCAUCUCCAUGAUCUCAGCCAAGCCUAACAGAGAUGCAUUGAAUUAAUGCAUCUCUAUAGAAAACAUUCAGCGCCUCCAUGCAGAGUGUGGAGAUGCUGACCGUAGGCGCUGCACACUGAACUAGGAAGCACCUCUAGUAGCCAUCUGAGUGACUGUCCCUAGAGGUGUUAUUAGGUAUCAAUAUAAAUACUGCCUUUUUCUCUGAAAAGCCUACAUUAAGCUGUAGUGAUCUAGUGACUAUAGCGUCCCUUUAAAAAUUGUAUUUUCAUUGUGGAAAAUAAAGCCUUGUUAGUUUAAAAAAACUAACAAGGCUUUAACUGGCACAUUCCAAGCAAAUUUGUUAAGCUCUGCUCUACCAAUAGAAAACCAUUGCACCUAAAAUGUUCUGAUAGCAACUUUGUGUUUUUUUUGUUUGUUUUUUGAGCAAUAUUGUUAUGGCGCUCAGACAUUAAAGCAGCUGCUGUAACCACUCACCACUGUCAAGUGCCGGGUGUUUCCAUAAUGUGGUGCGUUCCAACCACCCUGGGGCUCUAAGGGGCUAUGGCUAUACAUCCAAAAUGUGCUAGAAUAAAUGGAAACACAACACACUUGGGUUAAAAAUAAAUAAUUCAAGCUAGUAAAAUGGUAAACAUUCUCCUUUACUAAUAUAACUUUGGUAACAACAUCAAGUAAAUGUGUACACUUACUAAAUAACCAACACAGCGGAUUCUAUCCCCCUUGAUUACUAUUGUAUUGUUGAAUGCGUUGGUAUCCAGUAUGAAUGCAUAGUGCUUAUCACUAGAUAAAAAUCCAAGAUACAACAGGUUGACUUUUUUCUAUAAGUGUUUAUUAUAUAUAUUUUCUUUAAAACUAUGUCUACACCAGUUUUUGCCCACAAAUAACCUGGGAGAGAAUAAGGGUGUUUGUUUAAUUUAGACAAGCUCUUUCUUUAUUCAUAGUAUAGUUGUCAUGCAUAAUUCCUAAGUUAGUGAAUACUAAUCAGAAGCUUGGAAAGAAAACUCCAGAAAACAUUUCUUGUAAAACCUGUUCUUGCUAAUAAACUACACCUCUCUUCCUGAUAAGCCCUAAUACUUUCAUUUCACCAUAUAUACAGUUUUCAGGAAAACUGUUGAGAGACUUAUUAUUUUUGAAGGGACACUGUAGUCACCAUAACCACUACAGCUUAAUGUAGUGGCUCUAUAACCUGUCCCUGCAUGCUUUUUUUUUUUUAAUGUAAAUGCUUUUUCAGACAAAAGGCAGUGUCUGCAUUACUGCCUAGUAACACCGAUAGUGGCAGUCUGUUGGCCACUAGAGGUGCUUUCUAGUCUACAGCACCUACUUCCAGCACCUCCACCCUCUGCAUGGAGGCACACUGAUUCAAUGCAUCUCUAUGAGGAGAUGCUGAUUGGUGCAGUGUGAUGUUUUGCCGCCAAUGUGCAAUAGCCUCCCAAUGCUUUUCUACGAGAAAGCAUUGGAUUGGCUGAGAUCAUCAAGAUUGAUUAUUUCAGCCAUAGAGGUAUGGCCAGCUGCUGCGAGACUGGUGAGGCAAUGGAGUAAAGAUAAGGAAACUAAUUCCGGAGGCAGGGAGUGGUGCCCAGUUGGAGCAGCUAAAAAAACUGUUUUGAUUACUUAAAAUAGGGGGAGCACUAGGGCCCUACUGACACCAUAUUCAACACGUCACCUGUAGCGUUUCUUUCAAUUUCAAUAGUGUGAGAGGUGGAAAUUGGGACAGUACUAGAAUGAAAGUCGCAAACAAACACUCUUUCACUGUGAGUAGAGAAUUAGGCCAUCUAAGACAAAUAUAAAUAAAAGAAGCAACUGCCACGUUUACCUUAAUGUGACCUUCCUGAUUUGAUCAAUCACUAGCCUUUGGUACUUUUAAUAUUCCUUCCAGAUUUCAUUUCAGAUCUAAAAUAAUGGAUUAGCUAAUUGUGCACAUCAUGGUAGUUGUGCGUUUAAAAAUGUAUUUCCGCCUGUGUAUAACUCUGAGCCUCUUUUUAGAUGAUCACUAUAUUGGUAUAAAAUAUAAAGUUUAAAGGUACCAUAGCAACUUCAUCUUAUGAUGUAUGCCUGGAGGUCCUGGAUGCCUUCCUACCUGUUUAGCAAACGAUUUAACCCUGAGGUACCCUCAAUGGCUCCCAUCCUCUACACCCCUCUGUUUCCUUCAUUGCAAAAGUCUUCUACUUCCCGUUGUAAAAAAAUGAUUGUGUACAAGAGGCAGAAGGACAUUGAGGGCAGAUGCUGUCAGUAGCACUUUCAGUUGAAAUGUUCCUAAAUUGUUAACACUUAAGGCGACUUGUUUUGUGUGUGUAUGUGUGCACACUGUUCCUUAAUCUGUAUUUUGUAUAAAUGUUAAGUCUUUACGGCAGCACCACUACUGAGAAAUGCGUGUUCUGGUUGUGCUUCCUUUUAUUUUCGGUGUAUAUUUGGAAUACAUACCAGAUUUCUUAUAGCUUGAGCACCCCGCCCCUCCACUAUAGGUGCCCCUUUGGAGGUGACCUGAGGAAAGCAUACUGCUUUCAGUUUAACUCCUUAAGGACCAAACUUCUGGAAUAAAAGAGAAUCAUGACAUGUCAUGUGUCCUUAAGGGGUUAAGCAGUAUGUGUUGUAAUUGGUAUGGUUAUCUCCCAUGUUAAAAUUAGUGUCUGACCCACUGAUAUUUUGGUACCGUGAUGUAGUGGUGGGCUUAACAAAUCUCAGGUUGUCAUGGCAACUAGAAAUGUUGCCUUAGUGUUUGUCAGCCCUUUUCUCUGAAAAGGCAGUGUUUACAUUGAAAAGCCUACAGGGACAUGAUCUAUUCUAGACACCAGAACCACUACAUUAAGCUGUAGUGAUUCCGGCGACUAUAGUGUCUCUUUAAGAAUUGUAUUUUUCUUGUUGAAAAUGAAACUGUCUAAAAAAAAAAAAAAAAAAAAAUCUUUUAAAUGGCUAUUUUAGCUGGCUCCUAGAUUCCAAGCUAUACCAAGUUUUGCAAUGGUUUAGCUUUAACAACUGUAACGUAUGACUUUUGAAUAUAUUUUAUAACUUCUGAAAAUGUAUUGAAAUCCUAGACAUAUUGGGUAGUUUAACAAUCUGGACUAAUUAGUUAAUGUAUUUUGAGUUGGUUUUCUGUAGUUGCACUUGUUGGGUAGAAAGUAUUGAAUGUAAAAUUUAGUGGGGGAAAGGUGUUUUAAAAAAAAAAAAAAAAAAAAAAUUUUUAUUUUAUAUUUAGUAUCAAGAAGUUCCAGUUUUUCCCUUUAAACAAUAUGUAAUGAUUGGGUGCACUUAAACAGGGUCAAAUUGUGGUAGAAUGUACACCUUGCAAAAAUACCAACAAGGCCCUGGUCCUUAAAUGGCUACGCCAAUGUCCAUUACCUCUUCUGCUUUGUGAAGUGGUCACGGAGCAAGGAAUCUGCAUGUGCAGUUUUUCAGAGUAGUCUAAUGUGACACCCUCCGGUGUAGUGUUUUUUUUAUCCACCUAGCUAUCCACUCCCUAUCUGCUCUUCUUGCUGGUUUAGAACAGGCGCAUGCGCUCUGAGCUUGCUAAAUAGUCCAAUCAAAGACUUCUCUAUGAGAAACUUUUGAUUGGACUGCACAUCACCUGCCGUAACGUCAGGAGGGGGUUUUUAAUGCAGCGCCAGGAGCGUGCCCAGCACUUUAUUAAGUACAGAGUCUAUAAAAACUAUUUAUGUAGCGAUUGGGAGGGGGGUAUUUAAGAAUAAUGUGAAAUAGGGCAUUCAUUAAAAAAAAAUUUUUUGAAAAGGGUUGAAGUAACCCUUUAGGGGGUUAAUUUACAAAUUGUAGAGCAACCACUCAUUAAAGAGUUACUUAAAACAAUAAACCUACUUCAGUCUGCUGUAGUGGUUAUGAUAUUGAUACUGCCCUGGUGCCAUUCCCUGAUCACCCUGUAUGGUACUUACCUCCAGUAUUGGAAAAUACUGACACUCAUUCUUUGGGUGAAAGUGUCAGCUGAGCAUGCUCAUCCAACCAAUUCCCCUCUGCGCAUAGAAAUACACGUCUAAUUGGUAUUGAACAGUCUGGAACUCUUUCUGGACAGGCUAAUGUCCUGAUGUUGGAGAUGGAGUUACACCUUAAAGGACCACUAUAGUGCCAGGAAAACACUCGUGCCUCCACCCUCAGGGACCCCCUCCCGCCGGAAUGGAUGGCGAGGAAAGGGGUUAAACUUACCUUUUUCUCCAGCCGGGCGGGGAGCUCUCCGCCUCCGAUCCUCCUCCUCGGCUGAAUGCGCAUGCGCGGCUGGAGCUGAGCGCGCAUUCAGCCGGUCUCAUAGGAAAGCAUUCAUAAUGCUUUCCUAUGGACGCUGGUGUCUUGAAGUACGCAAAAUGAGACAGCCACUUGAGGCUGGAUUAACCCAUUUAUAAACAUAGCAGUUUCUCUGAAUCUGCUAUGUUUAUUAAAAAAAAAUAGGUUAAUCCUAGAGGGACCUGGCACCCAGACCACUUCAUUAAGCUGAAGUGGUGUGGGUGCCUAGAGUGGUCCUUUAAGCAGAUAGCCUCAAUAUAUACGAAUGUACGUACAGACUCCAUGCACUAUAACUUUACUUCAAAUCACUGAAGUGGUCAUGGUGCACGGAGUCACCCCUCAGGGAGAGGAAUCUCCUACAUUCCCGUACUACGGAGUGCAGCUCUCCCCAUGAUGGGAGAUAGUGACAGAAGCUGGAAUGCUAGAGGCUGCCUAUACUGAAGGGCAGCUCCUUGCUGUAGCUUUGCACGGCUUGCCUCCUGGCUGUGGAGCUUUAUUAGGAGUAUUAUACAUACUGCAGGGCUUGUUUAUGGUCGGUCUGACCGUGUAAUAUCCGUGUGGGCUCUGUGUUUUUGGUCGCCAUGCCCCUGGAAGCUCUGCUCCAGUCUGCGUCUAGCUUGCCCCAUUACAUCUUAUUGCAUCACCACGCUCCCGGGACGCCUGACGUCACGUCCGCACCUUACCCGACGCGGCUGUGAAUGGGACUUGUUACGCUGGUACUGUAACGCCGCUCAUUGCUUUCCCCACAGCUUUGGCAGGUUAGCCACGCAGUUUGCGUAGCGUAUGGUAUAUAGAAUAUUCUCUUGCGCACAGAGGUCUAGUAGGAGGUUUUACGUUAUUUUCGUAUAGCAUGUCUUUGUGAAUACGCUACUUGCGCCUGGACUCGCGUUGUGUAUUGCCUGUACUGCGUAGUUUCCGUAAGGCCGGGUCUCCUUGGCGGGCCCUGUGUCGGACGGUAAGGCUGCUGCUGGUGACGCGGUGGGGUCUGUGCAUGUACUGUAACUGAUCGAGACCAUUUACCGGGGGUUUACACAAGAGAGCGCAGCCCUAGGGAAUCAGUGCAAGCCGCUAUACCGGAGAGGGGGAGUCCGGGGCCUGGAGAGCAGCCCCGAGCCGGCGCCAUUUUCUGGGAGAGGAGGCCGGGGGGGGUGGGCUUCCCAACACAUUGUGUAUUUAUUUAAAAUCCUUCUUAGAAAGUCCUGCAUGAACCCACAGAGAGGGCCCUGGCGGUGUGCCGGUGUAUAUGGACGGCACCUAUGGAUUUAUUGUGUAUAUGUGUUCAUGUAAUGGUCAGACUGCAGUGACAGAGGAGGGGCUGUGCACCAACAAGCUCUCCACUAACACUGCUAUUGUGUGUCAGCCCUCUUAUCGGAGAUCGGGAUAUUUAUAUAAAGAGCUCUCCUUUAAUUCACUGCAUGGCUGCUUCCAUCAUUGCUCACCUCCUUGUCUAAUUGUAUAUCUGUAAUAUACACCCACCCGGUAGCAAUCACUAACCUACACAGCCUUCCAUGGCCCUUUAAAUCUCAAUUUCGUUGUCAACCUGUAAAUACUAAGAGUGUGUGUGUGUUAUUUAUAAAUAAAAUCACAUCUUCUCAUGAGUAACACCUGACCUAUCUAUAUCUUUCUAACAAUAUACAUUUUACAUAUACAAUAAACUAUGCAAAUUUCCAUCAUAAACAUAAAUACCAGUAAAGUAUGUUCUUCUCUAAUAGCAAGUUGUUUGGUAUCUCUGUCACUUAACUGCAAGACAUAUAAACUAGUUUGCUGUAUAUUAUGACUAUUGUAUUGGUAGAGGUGUUUGCCAAAGAUCAGCUUUAUAAACAAUUCCAUUUUUUUUCCAGUACUUUUUCUUUUUAAGAUGAUAACGUAAGCUUUAUGAUAAUGGCUUACUCGGCCUUAUAUAGAUAAUUUAUAAUUGGUUUUAGCACCAACAUAUUAUGGAGUGCUUUACAAUAACUGACACACAUAUUAAUGUGUAUAGAAACAAGGUGAAGAGGGCCCAGUAUUUUACAAGUGCAUCUUUAAGCUUUAAUAUCUUGUGUUCUGUUGAAUUAAAUGCUUCUUACCAGGUUAAAAAUUAGCCAUAGCACAUUUUCAUAUAUUGCUGAUCUUUGAGAGUUAUAAUGGCUUAGUCAACUAGGCAUUCUCUGAAACAGACUUUAAUUCAUCACGGGGUUACUUAACACCAAAAAUCAUUUGGUCAUCAAAAUUUAUCUGUCAACUAAACUUUUUGGUAUGUGAUUUAGCUAUUUACAAAAGGCUUAUGUGGACGUUUUAUCCAUAUUUCUACAUUGCUGUUUGGUUAGCAGUUAAAAUUAUCCAUAUAUAUUUGAUGUAUACCAGGGGAGUGCACAUAUUCUUCUAAGUCCCCCAAAGCCAACUCAUGUUAUGUAACUCCCAGUAUCCCUUAACCCAAGAACACCACGACCCAAUAUCCCUUCCCAUCACUACUCUUACUUUAGCAGUGUAUAUUAUUUAUUUAAUUUAUAAUUGCAGCUUUGAAUUUAAUCUCACUACAGUAGCGAAAUCUAAAUAUUUUUGUUUCAAUGCAUCAAUGACGUUUAAAAAAAAAAAAAAAAAAAAAGCACAAUGCGGAGCUUAAAGGACCACUCUAGGCACCCAGACCACUUCAGCUGAAUGAGGUGGUCUGGGUGCCAGAGAAACUAUGUUUAUAAAUGGGUUAAUCCUUCCUCCAAUUCCUCUAGUGGCUGUCUCAUUGACAGCCGCUAGAGGCGCUUGCGUGAUUCUGGUGCCAGGUCCAGCUAGGGUUAACCCAUUUUUUUUAUAAACAUAGCAGUUUCAGAGAAACUGCUACGUUUAUAAAUGGGUUAAUCCUUCCUCCAAUUCCUCUAGUGGCUGUCUCAUUGACAGCCGCUAGAGGCGCUUGCGUGAUCACGCAAGCGUCCAUAGGAAAGCAUUGUAAAUUUUGCCGCGCGUGCGCAUUCAGCCGAAUGGGAGGAGAAGAGGAGGAUCGGAGGAGGAGAGCUCCCCGCCUAGCGCUGGAAAAAGGUAAGUUUUAACCCCUUUCCUCUCCCCAGAGCCGGGCGGGAGGGGGUCCCUGAGGGUGGGGGCACCCUCAGGGCACUAUAGUGCCAGGAAAACGAGUAUGUUUUCCUGGCACUAUAGUGGUCCUUUAAUUUAUAUGGGACACUCAUGAAACCCUUAAAACAGGAUUCUCCAAACUCUGGCCGUCCAGAUGUUGCUGAGCUACAACUUCCAUACAUUUUUGGCUAUCUAUUUCAUUCAAAGAAUAAUGGGGGUUACAGUUCAGCAACAUCUGGAUGGCAAGAGUUUAGGGAACCUUGCCAUAAAACAUUGAUUAACACCAAAUAGUAAAUGUUUUGGGACCAUUGUCCCUUUCUUGAUGUACAAUAUUCUACUUUCUCAAUUUACAUUAAGAAAGAGACAGGAGUUCCAAAAUGUUUAUUGAGUGUUCUUUCACAAGUGACCCAUAUCAACUAAGCUGCACAUUGUGGUUUCUCUAUUUCUCUGAUGCAUCCGUUUAUUGCAGUGUCCACAUUUUAGUUUCAAUGCAAUUUCAGUUAGGUUGAUAAUGAAUAAAGUAAUUUCAUCAGAUUAAAAGGACACUUCAUUCACCCAGAUAACAUUGUAUUGUCCAUGUCCUCUUAAUCCUGCAAAGGAAAACAUUGCAGUUUUUUUUACAUUGUUGGGUUAAAGGACCACUAUAGUGCCAGGAAAACAUACUCGUUUUCCUGGCACUAUGGUGCCCCCACCCUCAGGGACCCCCUCCCGCCCGGCUCUGGAAAGGGGUUACAACUUACCUUUUUCCAGCGCUGGGCGGGGAGCUCUCUGCCUCAUCUCCUCCUCCGUUCCUCCUCCUGGGCUGAAUGCGCACGCGCGGCAAGAGCUGCGCGCGCAUUCAGCCGGUCACAUAGGAAAGCAUUCAUAAUGCUUUCCUAUGGACACUUGCGUGCUCUCACUGUGAAAAUCACAGUGAGAAGCACGCAAGCGCCUCUAGUGGCUGUCAAUGAGACAGCCACUAGAGGAUUAGGGGGAAGGCUUUAACCCAUUCAUAAACAUAGCAGUUUCUCUGAAACUGCUGUGUUUAUAAAAAAAUGGGUUAACCCUAGAAGGACCUGGCACCCAGACCACUUCAUUAAGCUGAAGUGGUCUGGGUGCCUAGAGUGGUCCUUUAAGUCCACCUUUAGUGGCUAUUAGUAUGAAAGCCACUAAAGGUGCUUCUUCUGGUCUGACAGAGUAAAGUUUGAAUGCUCCUAUGAGGAGCAUUGGAUUGGCCAUGCCUACUCCGUGAUAUCGCUGGAUGUGGUAAGGUGAGCAACACCGAGGGUUCCACAGCGCUAUAAAAAGGUGAGUAAAACUUUUAUUAGUAGUAUUAUUUUUUUACUAUUUAUUACAUUGGCUGGGGGUGGUGGCUAUUAAUACAAGCAGGGGAAUAUUAGUGUUUUGAACACAGAUUUGUAUUCCUAACAGUGUGUCUUUAACAAAUGAAAAUGGUCACAUUACCAGUAGAAAUUUUGGUGAUUAGUGAAUGACCACCAAUCUGUAAAAUAUACAGCAAUUGUAACAUAUAUAGAGUACAUUUUCAUGUAUCGGUUGGUCAUAUGCGGUUGUUGCUGCGGCUUCUUCAUGUGAUUUUGAGUAUUUAGUGUUUGCAGUCGCUGUGUUUGUAUGGAUAACUAACAAUACUAGUUUAGUUAGUGUUCCUCAUCUAAUGUUUUGUACAAUCGUAUGUUUACAUUUUUUAUUAAUUUAGUGCAUGUGCACGCAAAAAUUUCUCCUUUAUGAAAGUGCAGAGCACAUAAAAUAAACUACCAUAUAUUUUAUUGACCUGUAAUCCUGAAAUUUACUCAAUUGCGUUUUGUUUCCUAUUCUUUUACAAUUGAAAAACACAAAUGUAUUAAACUAAUGCUUCUAAGUCAAUGUGAUUAUCUAAUAAACUCAAUUAAAAAGGUGGGGAUUCAUUGUAAAGAUUAUAACCUCAUGACAAUAAUACUUAGUACACUGUUUUCAUGAGUGAGAGCGAAUGUUGUCUCAUCUCAAAUUACGGUAGUCUAAAUUUUGAGCAUCAAUAUAAACCUGACACUUAUUUUAUUAUCCUUCAGAAUAACACACUAGUACCAUUUAAGUUUCCAAACUUCCUUUAAAGUUAGCGCCAUAUUUUAUUUUACUUUUUGAAUGCUUGAAUGAAAAUGAUUUAAUUCCUAAUAAUUUGAUGAAUGCUUUGCAUAGCUAUUUUCUAAUAUAGGUUUUCUUACAGGCAUUUAUGCUGCCAUGCUAUAUUGAUUAGAGAUGGCAUUAAUAGUAUGUGCAAUACAUCAAGUAUGCACUUUACUCAUUAUCAUCUAUUCCUCUGUGAAGUCAAGGAAGUAGUGUUAGGAAUAAUACAAACUGCAGUUAAGAAUUCCAAAUUUUCUACAACUAUUGCAUUACAGAGAACAGUGCUGCAAUGAUGUCUGCUUGCUUAUUUUAUGGUUUAGUUUAGAACACUGACCUGCAAAUUAAAUUUUAUAAGGUAAAUUCUAUCGUAAAUAAAACAUUACUCCUUGAGUGGAGUAUUGUUCCACAAUAGGAAGCAUUUACUUUAUAAAAAUUGUUUGCUGAAUGGUAUUGCACUCCUGAAAGCUUUUGAGUUUCAUGACAGCAGUAGACUUCUAUAUCUAAUUGAUUAAUAAGGUAAUCGGUUGUCUGCUCUUCACAAAAUUUUGUGCACCAGUAAGUCUGACUUACAUUUUACUGAAAUCUAUGAUAUGAGGAACAUUUAGGCAGCCAAAAUACGAGUAACAGAAUUAUUGUUUGAGAAACACCUGGUGUGCCAAGACUAUCAGUGAAUUAUGAUUAAGUUGAACUACGCUUGUUUGUAUGGUUGGGCAAUUCCAAACGCCGCUUUACGUGCUCUGUUACUUUCUGUAUAAAAUGAUACCUGUAUAUGUGUUUAGCGUAUAUAGAUAAUUUGCAUUGACAUAAUGAACUGUGGUAAACAUUUCUAAGCAAAUCUUUCCCUUCUACUUGUCAGAUCACCCGACCGUGCAUGCGAUGGGAGCUCCACCAUGUCAGCCGAGACUGGGCUUGGUACACGUUUGAGGGCUGCAUCUGGAAUGGGUGACGGAGUUGAAGGGACUCAGAUGUCGGGGCCUCAGCAACCUGUUCCUCCCCAACCCCAGCCACUGGCUUCCCAAUCCAUAAACCCUCCUCCUCCUGAGACUACCAAAAUCAACCAAUCCAAGCGUCAGACCAACCAAUUACAGUACUUGCUUAAAUCUGUUCUUAAAACGUUAUGGAAGCACCAUUUUGCUUGGCCCUUUCAGCAGCCUGUGGAUGCUAUCAAACUCAACUUGCCUGUAAGUACACCAAUGAGGAACUGUGUCUAAGAAGGUUUAUUUGGAUGAGCUGGAUACCUUUUAUAGCUUAAAGGAACACUAUAGUCACCUAAACAACUUUAGCUUAAUAAAGCAAUUUUAGUGUGUAGAUCAUGCCUUAGGUUUUACUGCUCAAUUCACUGCCAUUAAGGAGUUAAAGGGACACUCCAGACAACCAGGCCACUUCUGGCCAUUGUAGUGGUCUGGGUGCCAACUCCCACUACCCUUAACCCUGCAAGUAUAAUUAUUGCAGUUUCAUAAACUGCAAUAAUUACCUUGAAGGGUUAAGUCCUCCUCUAGUGGCUGUCUACUACUAGACAGCCGCUAGAGGACACUUCCGUGUUCAUAGUACAUGGAAAGUGUACUAUAACGUCGCUGGACGUCCUCAUGCUACGUGAGGACCUCCAGCGUCGCUGAAAUCCUCAUAGGAAAGCAUUAUUCAAUGCUUUCCUAUGGGGAGGUCUAAUGCGCGUGAGCGGCAUUGCCGCGCAUAUGCAUUAGGUCUCAGCCGGCCGCGCAUGCUCAAUAGUUCUCCCCCGCCCGAUGACGUCACUUUCAAUCACAUGUAAUUUACCUUAAACAAUUUUAUCUCCUGCUCUGUAAAUUGAACUUUAAUUACAUACAGGAGGUUCUUGCAGGGUCUAGUACACUAUUAACAUAGCAGGGAAUAAGAAAAUCUAAAUUAAACAGAACUUGCAAUAAAGAAAGGAUAAACUUGAGAUGACUCUCUUUACAGGAAGUGUUUUGGAAGGCUGUUCAAGUCACAUGCAGGGAGUUGUGACUAGGGUUCAUAAACAAAGUUAUUUAACUCCUAAAUGGCAGAGAAUUGAGCAGUGAGUCUGUAGGGGCAUGUUCCAUACACCAAAACUGCUUCAUUAAGCUAAAGUUGUUUUGGUGACUAUAGUAUCCCUUUAAGUGGUAUUUAAAGGGACACUAUAGUCACCAGAACAACUACAGCUUAUUGAAUUUGUUCUGAUAAGAGAAAAUGCAGUGUUUACAUUACAGCCUAGCGAUAACUUCACUGGCCACUCCUCAGAUGUCUGUUAGAGAUCCUUCCUCGGUUAUGGCUGCCUAAAAUGCUUCCAAACAUUCAGUGUCUCCGCCCUCUGCAUUCAAACAUUGAACCUACCUCAUAGAGAUUCAUUGAUUCAAUUCAUCUUUAUGAGGAGAUGCUGAUUGGCCAGGGCUGUUUUUGAAUUCUGCUGGGUCUGCCCCUGAUCUGCCUCAUUGUCAGUGUCAGGCAAUUCUAUGGGGACGCAUUGUGAAUGGAUUAAGCUACCACUUCUGCUGAUCUCAGCAGGCAGGUCUAAAGGAAACGGGCACAAAGCAUGCAGCUGCAGACUUGAGUACAAGUAAGAUUUACUAUAUUUAGGGAGACAGAGGAGCUAGAUGGUCAUUUUAACCCUAUGGGGUCAGGAAUAUAUGUUUGUGUUCCUGACCCUAUAGUGCUCCUUUAAUAAAUUAUAGUGGAUUAGUGUGUGAAAUCACAUUUUUUUGGCACAAAAAAUACCUGGAAACCUAGGAUAUUAUUUCUAAUUUGUUUCAGACAGAUGAUUUUGUCUGUCUAAACUGACAGUCCUCCGAAUCGGGGAGCAGUGUGAAUUACUUUAUAUACUUGGUUUCAAUAAUGCUUCUUAUAUAAAGUUAGAAGAAGUUCAGUGUAACAGCUUUUCUAUAUUCUGUUUUUGUGUGUGUGUGUGUGUAUGUAUGUAUGUAUGUGUAUCUGCGUUAGCAUACCAAUGCUUCCCAUGGGUGAUCUCAGCUGAGAUUGCAGCAGCGGCUAGACCAGCGCACCGUGGGAUAUAAUGUAAUUCUUUUUUUUCUUUCUUUCUUUCCUUUUUUUUUUUUUUUUUUAACACUUGCGAUGGGGGGGUUAAAUAGUGAGGAGAACACUAGGGCGUCAGGAAUACAUGUUUAUAUUCCAGAUGCUAUAUUCAAUAGAAAUAAUUCCUUGAGCAUGAGUCAAUGACAAUUCCAUAUCUCUCUUUAAAAAGGAGACUAGGAAUUGCUUGAAUUAUUUCUACCGCAUCUUGGUUGCAGCAUACCUUAUAGCAGAAUAUGGUUUAGCUUACAAAAUCAUUUUUUGAUUGGUGGAUAUUUGUAUAUUUCAUGUCUUGAUGAAUCAUUACAUAUUUGGUAAACACCUGCUCCAGAGUGUUUAUUUUAAUUUAAAAUUAAUAGAGCUAUUGAUGUUCUGGUCCUAUUACAGAAACUGUUUUGGGGUUACCUUUUGAAGUUCUUGGGCUUUUGGUUAUUGCACAUGUCUUCAUGCACAUGAGCUUAUUAGCUUGGAUAAAACGAAAUGCAUACAAGUGCAUGGUGAGUUUUCAUACAGAAUAUUUUAUGGCUACAAUAGCUCUCUUGAAGCCUGCAAAUCUCAAGAAUGGUGUUUGCCAUAACAUCACUUGUAUAAAACAUCUUUAUUCCAAACAUUUUCAUUGUUAGAUGCUUGUCAUGUAUCUUGUUUUAGUCUGCCAUUUCUUGUUCUGAACUUUGUAAAGAUUAAACAUUUGUAGAGUGGAAAUACCUUGAAAAACGGGAUUCAUUUACCUCAUGCAUUAAGUUGCCUUGAUUUGUUAAAGGGAUCGGCUUCAUGUUUAUGUGCAACAUUGUUUUUUUUAUUUUUAUUAUUAUUCUGAUAAACUCUGUUGCAGAGAUAAUUAUUUUUACUUUUAAAGCAUCAGCAUAUUUUGAUGGCAUUUGCCUUUGAUUUCUGUAAGCUUGCUCCAUUCUGGGAACAACCUUCAUGUGACAUCCAGCAGUACUGAGCUCUGUUUCCUCCUGCAUACAAUGCUAAUGACUGAGCUAUUACUGACCUUGCACCACCUACACUGCUCAGAAUCUACCUCUGCUACUCACCCACACUUCAUUGCUUUACAUUCCACAUAAAUUAUCUAAUAUGUGGAACAGCCAAUAUGACUCAUACCUCAGCGAGACGUGAACCUGCACAUUUUCUAACCUACGUUUUUCAACAUAUAGCAUGAAAAUGUUUACAAGAAUACCAACUCUGAAUAAGCUCUGGAUUAAUAACAAAAAUGGCAAGCUGUGUCCCAUGACUGAUUCUAGGUAAAAUAUUUUCAUUCUGAGCUCCAGUCUAGAAACUGAUGCACAUUAAUUAGGGGGUUACUACCAGUGUCCUACUUCUGAGUUGUAUUUUUUUUUUUUUUUUAAAGUGGCCAAGUGGCAAAACUGCUGGACAACAUAUUGUUUUUGUUAAAAUAACACUCAAGUCCCCAUGACAAUUUCAGAUGAGGUUAUGGUGCCAGGAGAUCCCCAGGCACUUUCUUACCAUGUUUAAACCCUAAGGUUGACCUAAGUGCCAGCUUCUGCAAUUGACUUUUAGGAAGCCCAGAGUGCCGCCAGGCAGGAGCACCACUAAUUGGAAAGAGCGGUCAGCUGGAGCUCUAAGCCAAUAAGUAGUUGCCUAUUCAUAAAAAAAUAUUUUCCCUUUGAAAGAAGACAUUAAUAUCUUGUGAGUUCUCUGGGCUAUUUGGUUGCUGAGUUAAGAAAUGCUAUGAAUUCUAGUUGGGCUGACAAAAAACACUUUAUUUAUUUUAAAAAAUGCCCUUCUGUUUUUGCUUGCAUCAUUUCUUUAUGGCCCACAAACCUAUUGCUCUAAUGGCUGACCACCUUCCACCUUUUUGUGUUUUCUCUCAAAUAAGGGAUAUUUGGUCCCUUUCAUACCAAGCAUUUGCAAUCUGCUAAUUUUUAAUUGUAGUAGUUCCCACUGACUUUAGCAAUCAACAUGCUGAUAUUUGCAAACAGAGCUAGAGAGAAUGUAUAUCAGUAUGUGGCUAAUUCAUCAUGGAAAGCACUCCAUGUGAAUUUGAUAAAUUGCGAUACCAUCACAAACAGCAGCAAAAUGUAGAUAUUUACUUGAACCUCUUAUUUCAGUGCUGCUGUUUUCUUCGUCCUAGUCUCUUGCUCUGGGCAGUCUGCCAGGAGCUGCAUCACUAUUGUACUCUUGCAUGCAAAGAGAUGUAGAAUCUUCCGUAGAUAAAUAUGUCUAAUGAAAUGUCAUAGGCUGUCAAAGGCUGAUAUUAAAUGGAAAGAUCUCCUAACUGAUUUAAAAUGUGAAAUUCUAGCACUUUAGAUUUAUCAUAAAGAUUCUAUCUUCAUACAAAAACUCAAACAUGACCAUGACACUUGGAAAGAAAUGGGUUCAGAAGGACAAUGAGGUAUGCACCCUGACCAUAACUACUGUGAUAGGACUUGAGUAGUUAUAAUCAUCCCCUCCUCAACUGCAGAUACUGAUAGCAUUUGUAAAUGUCAGUUGCUGCACUUAAGCAUCAUUCUGACAAACCAUUGUCCAAGGGUGUUAAUAAGCUUUGAAAACAGUCAUAGACUUCCACAACUCAAGCCCCCCUUUAUGUAACCCCAAACCCUUUCCUCCACUGGAAAGUUUUUUUUUUUUUUUAAACUCUAGUUAUUCAGUGUCCACAACUAGUUGACUCUUGCUGGUUGCUUUUUAUUAAUGCUAUCAUUAUUUAACACCACUAACAAUCUGAAGCUUGGUCUGUUCAUGGUCCUUAAAUAUGUAAUGGGUUGAGGGUGAUGUUGUUGUCACACAGUAAAAAUGUUUUUUUUUUCUUUACCUUUAACUUUUUAGGAUUAUUAUAAGAUAAUUAAGACCCCAAUGGACAUGGGCACCAUUAAGAAGCGUCUGGAGAACUUUUAUUAUUGGAAUGCCCAGGAAUGUAUUCAGGACUUCAACACCAUGUUUACAAACUGCUACAUCUACAACAAGGUAAUUCUUCAAUAUGUCAACUCUCUUUAAAUUUACACUAUUUGUUUCUUGAGCAAUUAUUACAUUUAAUAAAAUCAACAUUGGAUAGUUCUGAAAGUAAUAUGUUAUUCUGCAUUACUGUAGCUCUAGUAGGCAAUUAAAUGUAAAAAUGUGAUUGUUUCUUCACAAACCCUGUCAAACGUUUGAUGGAAAGUAUAUCUUAGUCUUUUGAAGCAAGGAAGACACAUAUAGGUGAUUGGCCAUAGUAGAAAUAAAAAGUCAUCUAUCUGGCACUAAAUUAUUAUAUAUUAAAUGCUUGGAACAUUCGGCUUGAUAUACCUGACAGUAGUAGGAGAUAGAGAAGUUUUAUGAAUUGGUUGGUUAUAAACCCCUUAUGCAAACACUUGAAAUGGCUAAGAUAUGUCUAGUAUGAAACAUACAAUCCUAGUUGUUUAUAAUCUUGCGUUUCCUUAAUAAGAUUCAUCUUAAAUAGUGACUUUUUCCUAUGCUGUGACAAAUAGUUUUCCACUCUUUAAGUAUGAAGUCAUCAAUAUUAUUUGUCCAUCUUAAACUGAUCUUCUAAAAAAUUUGCUUUAUGAUCCAGCACUGUCAGCUAAUGCUAAAUAAUGUAAAUAAAGAAUGACACUUAAUAUGUAGACUCUUAUAUGAUUUACUAAAGGAAUCCUUUUAUAUAUUUGGACUGGCAAUAACAAUUUUUCUUUUUUUAAAUCUCUUUCUGUGUUUCCAAGCCUGGAGAUGACAUAGUAUUGAUGGCUGAAGCCUUAGAGAAACUAUUCCUACAGAAGAUCUCUGAAAUGCCCCAGGAGGAGACUGAACUGAACAUUGUACAGAACAAAGGACGAGGCAGAGGAAGGAAGGAACCAGGUGAUUUAUUUCUCCUUUUUCUGGAAGAAUGUAUCCGGGUUUCAAAUAGGGCAACAGCCCAAAGGGAAAAUAAGGGAAAUGUGAAAUUUUGAAUAAAGAGAUAUUUUAUCUUGCCAUGAUCUUUUCCAGAUGCUCCAGUUACCCCAAUGAGAACCCGAGUUCUGUCAGGAUCCCAAGCAGAAAAGACCCCAAAUCCCCCUGUGACAGGUAAGUUGUAUACAGGCCCUGUGCUAUACAUAUUCUUUAAACAUUUCACAUUGAGACUAUAUUACAUGUGAUCCUUUUAUUUUCAAUGGUAAAUAUUGGAUUUUUCCUUUGAAUUGUCAUGAUUUUCUUUAAGCUCUUAACAUAUUAAUUAACAGCCAACAGCUCAUACCUUUCUUUAACCCUACUGGAAAUCAGUUUGGUCUUAAACAAAAAGAUUUGAGAUAAAAUGCAACUUUCAGAUGCCCAUAUUCAAACCGUUAGAUCAGGUACACCUAAUUGUCAUGAGCCUGGUUUUACUUUAGUGCAAAUAACUCAAAACAGUUUUGCAUUACUGUUAGAUUGCCAUCAGUUACUGUUUGUGUAUUUGUGUGUCUGUGUAUGUAUGUGUGUGUGUGUAUGUGUAUAUAUAUAUAUAUAUAUAUAUAUAUAUAUAUAUAUAUAUAUAUAUAUAUAUAUAUAUAUAUACACAUACAUACACACAUUAUAAAAACACUUUUACAUCUAAGAGCUAAUAUGGUAAAAGGUGUGUUCAUGGGCCUUUACAUUUGACUGAAACCCAUUCAGGUUUCAGAUUUUAUUGCACUGUAGUAGCUCUGUUUUUGUUUUGUUUUAACUUAAGUCAGUUGAAUAGAAAUCCAGAGAACUCCCAGAUUUGCUUAAACUACAAUAUUAUUUGCUUUUUCUCCCUCAGCUGUCUCUAAACCACCAACCCCUUCACCGCCUGUUGUGACUCGUGCACCAUCACCUCCUCAAACCAGACCAGUACCUGCUCGGGCUCCUGCAGUUACGCAGUCUCCCAUUACCUUCUCCCCUACCAUUACACAGGACCUAGGUGUACCCACAAUAGUGACCCCUUCUGCCUCUCAACCUAUACAAAAUCACCCUCCAAUUAUCCCAACUGCAGCACAGCCUGUAAAGGUAAGAUGAAUAAAUUAGAAAUUAAAAUUAUAAGAAAAAUAACACACUAAUGUACAUGUUUAGUGUAUUCUUACCCCUUAAUGUUUUCAUGUUUUUUUAUGUUGCAGCUUUAUGCUUUAGGUUGUUUUUUGUUUUGUUUUUUUUAUAAGGGAAAGCAAAAAAUAUAUAUAUUUUUUUGACAUUUGGGUAGUUUCUGCCUUUGAUCUAUGCAUAGCCUUCAAGCUCGGUAGGCAAUGUCAGUGAGCAGCCAUUUUCAGGUCACUCCAGAAAUGUUUGAUUAGGUUCAAGUCCGGGCUCUGGCUGGACUAUUCAAGGAUAUUCACAGAGUUGUCCCUAUGCCACUUUUACAUUGUGUAGUCUGGAUCAUUGUCCUGUUGUAAGGCAAGCAUUCGCCCCAAUUUGAGGACCUGAACGCACUGGAGUAUGUUUGCAUUAGGAUAUCUCUUCAACAAUACUUGUUUGUGUUACAUGUUACAUAGCUGAAAAGAGACUUGCGUCCAUCAAGUUCAGCCUUCCUCACAUAUGUUUUUGCUGUUGAUCCAAAAGAAGGAUAUAAACCUAGUCUGAAACUCUUCCAAUUUUGUGCUCCUGACCCUAUAGUGUUCCUUUAAAGAUUAUCCAGAGAAAUGGGAUGUAUUUAAGCUACAUUUUAAGUGCCACAGCGAAAAGUCCAAAUACUUAUAUCAAUGUUUUAUUGGCGACACAGUUGAAAUAGUUCAUCUCUCACAAGAGCCUUUUUCAAACCUUUGCUUACUUGGCAUGACAAAACCUUGCAAGACUUGAGACAUUGUUCCUGUAUCUUUAAUAAUAAUGCCGGUAGAUAGUUUUCAACAUGCCUCGUCCUCCUUUUUUACACUUCAUGUAAAUAGUAUGAGCUCCACAGGCUGCUGCAUAAGACAUUGUGCAUCUUAAUGAAUAAACUGGGAGCAGGGUGACAAGUUUGUUUUCUUAUCCAUUCCCAGAAAGUCAAAAGUUGAGCUAUGGCAGAGACAAAUCACUUUUAAGACCUAGUUACUAUAAUAAGAUUUGAAAUUGUAUUGGUAUGUUUGGUUAUACAUGGCAGUGUGCUUGAUUACAUGUAUAUUGUAUUUGUAAAGAUUGCUUUUAAAAGUUUUUUUUGUUGUUUUUUCUUUACUAACAUUUUGUCCCCUCAAUCAAUAGACAAAGAAAGGUGUGAAAAGGAAAGCAGACACGACAACUCCAACUGCUCAUGAUCCCUUGCAUGAGUCCUCUCCAGUCCCCAGUGAGCCCAAGCCACCCAGAGCAGGCCCACGACGGGAGAGUGGUCGCCAGCCUCGUCCAGCCAAGAAAACUGAGGUGCCUGACUCCCAGCUGCCUGCACCCCCUGUUCUUCAUCCACCGCCACAACCACCUGUUGUCCAAGAGAAAAGCAGCAGUGGCAACAAAACUUCUGAGCAGCUGCGCUAUUGUGCAGGCAUUGUCCGGGAGAUGUUUGCCAAGAAGCACAGUGCCUAUGCCUGGCCCUUUUACAAACCGGUGGAUGUGGAUGCACUGGGGCUCCAUGACUACUGCGACAUUAUAAAGCAUCCCAUGGACCUUGGCUCCAUCAAGGUGUGAGGAGUUUCUGAAUCUUUGCAUAUACAGUAAUUUUAAUAUGUUAAAGGGCAUAUAAACAAUUUCAUUUCAAUAAUGUUGUAAUGGUGCCAGGAGGUCUUAGGUGCUACCUUACAUUAAGGGGUUAAACCGUGUUUGAAUGGUUUAAUCCCAGAGUUAUGAAGGUGGUGUCCAUCCACUGUGCCCCCUGGCUUCUAGCGAUGUCCAAGAGUUCAAUGAGAAACCCUUGGAGAAGUAGAGUACUGGGCACCACAGAUAGGCUAUCACUAGCUUCCCAUUAGCAAACCUGUUGGAGAAAGGUUUUGUGAAUGGGAAGCUAGUGAUAGACUGAGAACGUCAGCCGCUGUUCUCAGCCUAUCAGCGGCACCCAGUACUCUGCUUCUCCAGUAUGACUCCACAUGAUGAAGAAAGGCAACCUAGUACAUGAUUUUCCUAGUGUAAUACUAAUGUAGUUUACAGGGGAAGAUUUAUUAAAGUGUUGCAGAAAGUUAUCUAUGCAAUUUUCACGAUACUUAUGGCACACUUUAUUAAAUCUGUCUGAUUUCUUUUAUCUUUCAUUAUUUUGGGUGUGUGACAUUUUUUCACCUAUGCAAUAGAUGUAUGAUUUUUUUUUUUUCAACCACUAAAAACAUGGCUUUCUUCUGAAAUGGAAAUUUCUGUGUAAACUGGCAGAAUUUACUGUAAAGAAAACUCACUUUUGUAGAUCAGAUUACUAACUAAAUAAUGACAAAAUGUAACUGCCAAUAUUCAAAACACUUUGCCCCAUUGUGUCACUUGACACUCUCUCUCCCCUUCUCUUUUUAGAUUUGUACUCUUGUACAUCAGACUUUAUUAUAGUGCUUCGGAAGAUAAAUGCUCAAUUUUAAUAUAGAAUAACAUGAUGAGAUAAUAAUGUAACAUCAGCAUUGCUAAUAUAUGACAUAUUUGGUAAGUCAGUCCUUGGUUUAAUUCAAAAGGGCUAUUAACCUACUUAAAGAAGCAAAGAGGCAAUUGAAGUAGGACACAUGCACAGGUUUUAUAUCACACACAAAAAAAUCAUUGGCUUAAAUUUAUGAAAGUCUUAAUUGAACUGAAUCUUAAUCUGCCCAAUUGUGCUAGCCAGUUGACUAGUAUAUGUAUAGAUUACCAGAUAUCAAAGAAAAAAUAAUCAAUAGUCAGCUAUAUUUGAGCAAGAGAGCGUUUUUUCUCUCUCUCCCCCCCCCCCAAAUGAUUACAUGCAAUGAUUAAGCCCACUGUCAUUAUUCAUCAAAGAGGUUGUCUGUCAGUACUAAGCAUUUCUAAGCCAUUUACAUUUCCUAAAGCUAGUGGGGGAUAUUUUCAUAAUUCCGCAAUAUAACAGUUGUUUGAAAGCCUGGGUUAUACACACAUCACAUAUUUUUCCUAGGUGAAUGCCUGCUAAAGACUUUAUUGAUAACCAGAUUUUUGAGCAUUGGCCUCUUUUUUUCCCUCCCCUGUAGUUGAAGCUGGAGAACCGUGAGUACCGGGAUGCUCAGGACUUUGCCUCAGAUGUGCGGCUCAUGUUCUCCAAUUGCUACAAGUACAAUCCACCUGACCAUGAGGUGGUGGCCAUGGCCCGCAAGCUUCAGGUAACAUACAGGGAUGAGGAUGGAAGGACACCACCUCCAGUUAGAUAGAAAAGUUCUGUUUUUUUUACGAGGAAGUAUCACGUACUUCAAGCAGAAUCAUUUGCUUUUAAGCAGCCAUACAUUAGUUUAUUUGUUAUGGACUAAUGGGCUGUGUGCAGAGAGAUUUUAUGCUGGAUGGGUUGGAAAUAGAAUUGGCAUACUGGAAUGGGACUUAUUGGAGUGAAAUUGUAAUUGUUGAUGUGUAGCGGACAAUAUAUUUUACAUAAUUUUAAGGAUGUUUUAAGGAGAAGACAUGUUAAAUCAAUGUAUUCUUGUUUUAAGCAAAAUAAAAAUCAUAUAUUUUAUUAUAAUAAUAAACAUGUUCAUUGUAUAUUUGUUUAAUUUUAGAUACAAUUUAUCUUUACAAUUUUUUUAGGUAAAUCAGUAUAUCACUGGAUUGAUAGCUGGCAAGUCAGGCAACAGUAAAGUUGAUAGAAAAAAGGUGCUUAUACAUUGUCUGCCAUUUAACAUUUUGACUAUGCCUUUAGAAAGAUGGGUCCAUAAGUACUUUCUUAAUUAACUUGGCAAUAACUUUGAAGCGGGAUACAAUUGUGAGGGGGAAAAAAAAGCAAAAACAAAACAGCAAGAUUCGCAUAAUGAUUGUAUUAUGCUAAAAGCAAAAACACGAGAGUCAAGUUAAAAUCAAAAUCAAUUAUUAUUUAGUGAAGAAUGCGUUGUAUUUAUUGUUGUCAGUAGUAGUGUCGACAUUGUGUGGCCGAGAAAAGUAUAAUUUCUAAGCAAGUGUGUGUGGAAGAGUUUCUUGAUUAACAAAGCCAAGGUGGGCUAGGACUUCUGACAGAUAGCAAGACACAGGUUUGCAGCACAUUUAACAGUUUGCUCAUGUCUAGCCUUGAGGGAGUUGUGUGGUAUAAUGAAAGGCAAUACAAAUCGAACUAUACGGGUGGAGGGAUAAUGGAUUAGCUUGUUGCAUAGUUUUAUUUACACCCAAACACUGUAAGCUGGCUUGUUUGUGAUCCAUUCCGUUUUCAUUCUUGCUCUAGGAUGUUUUUGAAAUGCGGUUUGCCAAAAUGCCAGACGAGCCAGAAGAGGCAUCUGGUGCAGCACCCUCACCUGCCCCAGGGCCCCCCGCUCCUUCUAUCAAGGGGCCACCUCCCACCUCCAGUGACAGCAGUAGCGACAGCUCUUCAGACAGUGAGAGCAGUUCAGACAGUGAGGAAGAGAGGGCACAGAGACUAGCAGAACUCCAGGAACAGGUAAGUAAUGGACUAGAAAUUUUAUUGUGCAAAGAAUGUAUUGGCAAUGAGCAAUGUGAGAGAGAGAUUUUUAGUUUAAACAAGCUAUGUCAGUUGUCCAUAAUUAGGUUAUAUUAAGGAUUUAGUUUGAUCUGGGAGAUCAUGCGGCAUGUUCUGGUUUAGAGUAUAAAAUAGGCAUGCCUUGCUUUGAAAUUUCUUGACUUUGAUGUGUUAACUUAUUGCAGUUGAAGGCUGUACAUGAGCAGUUAGCGGCACUUUCUCAGCCGCAGCCGAACAAACCAAAGAAGAAGGAACGUGAAAAGCGCAAGGAGAAGCACAAGAGGAAAGAGGAAGUUGAGGAGCCACGAAAGACCCGAGUUCGGGAACCUCAAGCCAAGAAACCUAAGAAAAGUACUCAAGUACCUGGGACAACACCAAGGUACGUGAAUAACUAUCACCAGUCUCUUAACAGCUUCUAGUUAUUCAACAUAUUCCAUAUUAUUUUAACAUUGUAUGUACAAUAAAGCUUCUUACAUGACAGAUAUUUCUGAUAGUUAUAGGGAUGCGCCGAAAUUUCGGUGGCCGAAAAUGGGUCAAAUUUGCAGAAAUGUUAAAUAUAUAUAUAUAUAUAUAUAUUUAUUAGAGCAUAGUUUAACAGACAUACUUGCAUUAACAAUUCAGAUGAUUAUAUAUCACAAUGAAAUAUGGUAAUGAUAACCUGAAAAGUCAAGAAUACUUCACUUGGGGGUGCACUGUGGGACAGGGGAGGGGUCGGAGAACACUGUGGGACAGGGGAGGGGAGACAAAAAAAACACUAAAAAAGAGAGAGGGGAGAAGGGGGGACGACCACUAAAAGUGAUGGGAGAAGGGAAGUUUUUCACAUUAGAUUACUUAAAUUCAUUAAGUCUAAUAAUACAAUUUUAGGGAAAAAAACUUUUUUUAAAUCAUUUGAGGAAAAAAGUUGUUUUCGGCCAAGGGCAUCCUGAAUUUUCGGUUUCGGCCCAGAAUUUUCAUUUUGGUGCAUCCCUACUUGGUUGUUCACGUUUCUCUAAGUAACCACAAGAAUGGAAACCAUCCUUUUUGUAAUGUUUGUUAAUUUAUGUAUAAUAAUGAGAAAGGGGAACAGUACUAGCAAUUUUAGCCCAUCUGCAAAAAGGUCUUAAAAUACAGCUUUAAUGAGAACUCCAUUUUUUAUAACACUGUGCAAAAUACAAAGUUUAUAAGUAAUAUACAUUUUCCCAAUGGUACUUUCCAUUAUGAAGUGAGGAUGUCUUUUAAAACUUUAUUGACCGGUAUAAAAGCGUAUGCUUUGUCUGACUGUUUGAGUGUCUACUAUAGAGAAAAAUAUUCUUAUGCAAAUAUAUUUGUAAGAUGCACACUAGUUCUUUAGACAGCAGUACAAAUUACUGCAGCCACCAUGACCGCUUCUGUUUUUUGAAGUGGUCAGGUGGGAAGACAUCUGUAUGUGCAACGUUUCACCUUGAAACACUGCAUAAUCAGAGAUAUUAACACUUUUGUGCCGGGACUAUCGUCUAGUUCUUUCGUCAGUGCACAUUGCACAAUGGCGACGGGGUAGUGAAUUUCUACCUUGUAAUGGGAAGCUUCUGUCUUCCUUCUUUUCCUCCUGUGAUCCUAGCCAGCCUCCCCUCAUUUAAUAAUUUAUUGCUAUUGUCUUGCUUUUUUUGUUUUUCCGUUUCUAAUUCCCUCCAUCUGUCCACCCCUAUUUAAUUUUCUCUCCUCCCCAAAUGGUAAGAAAGUCCAAUCAAAUGCUUCUCUGUAAGAAGCAUUUGAUUGGACCAUAGAUGGGAAGUAAAUUACAUGGCAUGAUGAGACUGCGUGCAAAUGAAUUUCAGGUAAGUUUUUACUUCACUUUUAUCCAGGUUUUCAAAAGGAAUGGUAUGGGGAACCUUUUAACUAGUGCCAAAAUAGGGCACUAUAAAGUAAAAAAGAAAAUUAAAAAAGGGUUGGUAUAAACAUUAGUGUGGAAUUGUGAGAUUUCUGUGUCCAAUCGAGGACUGUAUUUGCAGUAAAGCUUAUUUUCUCUUUGAAAUUCCAUAUUCACAUGUCACUUCUCUCCCUUCUCCUCUCUUUAGUGUACUGACUUUUGUCAUUCUUUUGUAUUGCAUUGGACUUUAUCAGUCUCAUAUUCUCCAACAGUAUAAAAAAAGAAGCACCACCCCCUGUUGCAAGACCUCCUCGCCCGCCUCCACCUCCUGCUCCCUGUGAGUCUUCAGAAGAGGAGCCGCAGCGUUGUCGACCCAUGUCCUAUGAGGAGAAACGCCAGCUGAGCUUGGACAUAAAUAAAUUGCCAGGAGAAAAGCUGGGUCGGGUAGUACACAUUAUACAGUCACGAGAACCCUCUCUUAAGAACUCCAAUCCUGAUGAAAUUGAGAUAGAUUUUGAGACCCUUAAACCGUCCACACUUCGAGAGCUAGAAAGAUAUGUCACCUCCUGCCUAAGGAAAAAGCGAAAGCCACAAGGUGAGUGAGGUGCACAGGGGGGAAAAAAUCACCUUUGUUUUUCCAUUGUAUUAGGGAUGGAUUGAGAGGGGACAUUACUGAUGAAUAAAAUCACUAAUAAUAACAAAGUAUUUAACCAGGAAAGGUACAUUCAGAUCACUCUGGUUUCCAAGUACGUCCUGGGGUUUUCAAGUAAAUGGCCAAGCAGCUCAGCUAAGUUAAAUGAGAAAUGAUGUGUCUCAAGAUAACUUUUUAACCUGAUCUUAGUCUGCUUUUUACCAAGAUGGUUAAAGCCAAGAUGGUAUGCCCUCAAUUCCUUCAUAGAAUAAGUAACAAUAGUUAUUUUUAAUGAACUUUCAUUUAAUUACCUGUGAUUUUAGAAGGUUUCUUCUUGAGGAGAUGGAAUCUAAUCUUAUUGAGGGAAACCUGAGAGUUACAGUAAAGAAUGUCUAAGAUGCAGUAAACUGUCCAUGUCAGGGAACAAUUUCUGCUUUUUCCAAACUGUCAAUCACAUGAUAAAUUAUUUUAUGAUUUUUAUUUUUUCCUUAUUACUCUUAACAGAUAAAAUAGAUGCUCCCUCUUCUGGCUCCGGUAAAGUUAAAAACUUCUCAUCUUCAGAGUCUGAGAGUUCAAGCGAGUCCAGCACCACAGACAGCGAUGAGUCCGACUUAGGUCAGAUCUUUUCUCCAUAUAUAUGUAUAUGAACAUGUGCUUCUUUUAACCAUCUUCUGUGAUUGUAUGGAAAACAGCUUGCACUAUAUCGUUACAGACUCUUCUCACCUAUAUACAGAUGUAAUCAUAAUUAUUCAGUCACGUUUAUUGUCAAAUUUUAGACAUUCAGCUGUUUGCAAUGAACAAAUUCAACAAAAGCAAUUGAAAUAACUCAACACAACAAAUGCUUUAAGAAGUUUCCCUAAAUUCAACUGAAAAUUUUACUUAUAAUGACUUCUCCAGUCUCAAAAUUAUUCAACCCCCUGAGUAGAAUCCCUCAAAACAGCACAAAUAUGCAAAACAGGCUUUGUCUCAAGCACACCUGAUGCAACUAAUCAAGGGCUUAAAUAGUUGCACAAGGUGUGCUUGAACUGGAAGACUUGAAAUACCUUAAAUGGCUAGGGGUUUAGUGUCACAUUUGAUUGCAUAUUAGAAAUCUGGGUAAGUCAAAAGAAUGGUCCACAAAAUUAAGAGAAGAGAUCAUCGCCCUUCACAAACAAAGAACAGGAAACAAAAAGAUAGUGAAGGCACUAAAUGUUCCUAGAGACAUCGUUGGAAGCAUAGUUUGCAAGUUCAAAGAUUAAGGAAGGCAGAAGCCAGAUUUCUGAGAAGACAGGUUGUGAAAAACCCUUGAAGGACUGCAAAAGACCUGCAGCAAGAUUUGGUGGCAAAAGGCACUGAGGUUUUAGUAAGCACAGUAACCGUAUAUUAUACUCAGAAGGUUUCCAUGCCAGAACUCCAAGACGUACUACUGACCCAAACCACAAGAAAAGUCAGCUUCAGUAUGAUCAAAAUCAUAUAAAUAAGCCACAGACGUUUUGAGAUUCCCGUUCUAUGGAGUGAUGAAACAAAACUAGAAGUGUUUGGCCCAAUGGAUCAGCGGUAUGUCUGAAGAAGAAUGAAGCAUAUGCUUACAAGAACACCCUGCCUACAAUUAAUGGUGGUGGCUUGGUGAUGCUCUGGGGCUGCUUUGCAUCCUCUGGCACUGCAACCCUACAGUCUGGAAGGCAAUAUGGAUCCAUUGAAGUAUUAGCAUGAUGUUUUCUCCAAGGAUUUCCUAUCUGUGAGGAAGCUUGGGCGUCAUUGGACCUUCCAACAAGACAAUUAUCUCAAACAUAACUCAAAUUCAACCAAGGCUUGGUUGCAAAAUAAGUCUAUAGAAAAUACAUUACUUUUACAUUUAGCUUCUUACUUUGGAGAAUUAUAUUUUCUUUCUCAUCAUCCUGUAUGCCGACUAAGGGUGAUGUGACUAGUAAAAUAUAUAUAUAUAUAUAUAUAUAUAUAUAUAUAUACACACACACAAAUAAACUAGUUUUUGACUUAACUAUAAAAUGAAACCAAAGUUUCUUUUUAAUUGUAUCCAUCCACAUUAUUUUAUUUUUGUAUAGACAGAAAAAGAAUGAAACAUAAGUAAUCCUAGGUGGUAUAGAGCCAUACAUUAUUAAAUAAUUUUAUUCUAUGCACUAAGAUGAUAAAUGUGCAUUAUUACGUUGUGGUGCUAGGGAAACAUACAUGUUUGUGUGUGUGUGUGUGAGAGUUGUCUUAAGGCUGUAAUUGAUAGUGAGCUUUGUUUUUUUGUCUUUUACAUUGAACUUGACAUGUCUAAUGCAUUGUUCAGUUUCCCUUGGCAUUAUUUGCAUUGGUUUCAGUCCUUCCUUUCGGUGAAUUUAGAUCACAUUAGUAGUAAUGUAACCUGCUUUUUAUGGUCUUUUGACAUCAUAGUAUGGUUUAAAUAUCACUUGCUAUGCAGUGGCACAUCCUAUUUCUAAAUCAAACAUGAGAGAGAGAUUUGGGGAAUAAUUUCUUAUAAUGUCUUUUUUUUAAUUAUUGUUUUUUUUUUUUUUUUUUCUCUACAGAAACUGCUCCAAAGCAGAAAAAGAAGAGUCACUCAGGGAGAGAAUCUAGAAAGGUAAUUGUGCAAUCUUGUAUUUUCGCUCAAUGCUUUGAAUCUCUACAGUUGAUUGAAUUAUUUCAAAUGUAUUCUGUAAAUAGAGGUUUCAGUCAGUAAACCUUUCUCAUUUUUUUGUUUAUCCAUAAUGUUGAUGUUUUAUGAAUGUAGUGUGGUUUGAUCACCCAAUUAAAAUGUUAUCCUUUCCCAUGCUCCUUCUUUAAGAAUUGUUAUAUUAAUCAUUAAUGCAGGGCUCAAAAUUUCCACUAGCGAUUGGAAAGUAAAAAUGUCACCUCGACAAGUAGAAAUUCACUUCUUGUGAUUCUGCUGGGCAUCCUACAGGGUUCCAGUGGCAAGUAACUUUUCAUGUUAGUAGCAUAGGACUUGGAAUUUUAAGCCCUGCAUUUAGGACUAUAAUGGGUAAACACUUGUAUGAGCUGAAGCAUUGAUCUUCUUCAGUUGUACCUGGCUAGAUCCAAAUAUUAAGCUUAAUUUGUGUUGAGGUUUUUAUUCCUUCUGGUUUUUUUUUUUAGCCUUCUCACUGUGAAAUCCCUUUUUUUCUCAUUUUAGAGUUGUUUUUCCCUGUAUCUUUUCUUUCUCUCUUUGUUCAUUACAAAUGCAGAUUACAUGAUGCAUUGUUGUCGCCCACAUUUCUGCUAAACAAACUGUAGGAUUGUUUUAAGUAGUAUCAUGGUUUAUUAUGAUGUUUCCAGAACACCUAAAUAUUUUUCUAUAAUAAAUGGUUGUAUUGCAGUGUCUUAUUUCUCCUGGAAACUGAUUCACGAUUUUACAUUCCAACAGCACCAUCACCAGCCUCAUCCUGCUCCACAACCAGUUGUCCCUCCUCCUCCUGUUCUUAAGCCACUGUCUCCUGCUGCUCCUCCUUCUUACCCUACAGCCUCAACCCUGGAAACCACCCACCCUUCUCUCCACCACCCUCUACAUUCUGGUAGUGUCUUUGAAGCAGUGACCCCCCAUUAUGGACAGCAAGUUUUACACCUACCUGCUCCUGAUCUUCCACCACAUCUAACAGGGCAGCCGGAUCACUGUUCACCCCCACAUCUAAACCAACAUGCCCUCAUCAGUCCUCCUGGUAAGAGUUCAGUUUGUCUUUCAGGACUCCUGUGCAUGCUAGAGAACAUGAUUAGGCAAAAGCAGGGACAAAGUGCAUAUAUAAGUUCACUAUUGCUGUUUGUGUGCAGAGCGUGUGAUUGUUAAAAUUCUGUGGAAUUAGGAAGUGUUUUAGAAUUGAUGAUUACCUAAUGUUUGAAAAAAUUUUUUUAUUCUUCUAACAGCUCUACACAAUGCCAUGCCCCAGCAGCCUUCUCGCCCUUCCAAUCGUGCUGCUGCUCUCCCACCAAAACCUGCUCGGCCUCCAUCUGCCUCACCACCUGCCCCUCAACCCCAUCACCAACCUCCCCCUCAAUCCCACCAUCAUCAUUCUCAGCCCCCCCAUGCCUUGCUUGAGGAUGAUGGACCUCCUUCACCUCCCAGUGGUCUCCCUCACUCUCCUAUUCAGCUGGGCCCUGCACAGAUGGCGCACUACCUGCAACAGUUUCAAAAAUCUCAGCAACCUCCUGCCCAGUCUCCUUUGCAGCCUCUCCUACCCUCUGUGAAAGUACAGUCCCAAGCACCACUGACUGCUCCUUCACAGUCAAUGCGACACCUGCAUUCUUUGGCUUACACUACUCCUCCUCCUUCCUCGGGUACCACAGUUCCUCAACCCCCUUCACAUGUGCACCAGUUACAGUCUCCUGCUGUUGUCUCUCAACCACAACCUGUUGUGCAGGCUCCACCUGCAUCACAACAGCAGCAUUCAGCACUGCAAGGCUCCUUGACUGCUCCACACCAGCAGCAUGCACAGCAUCAGCAGGCAAAAACACAACAAGUAAUCCAGCAUCAUCACCCAUCACCACGUCAGCAAAAGCAAGAGGCUUACCCUGGAGGUAAGAUUGGGAAAGGGGUGUUUCUUGGAGAAUAAUAUAGAGGAGGAAAAGUUAUGUUAUAUAAGAAUAUCAAAAAAGGAGUGGUAGAGUUUACAUAGAAAAGAGAGAAUGGGCCUGGGCAGAAAUAUAUUUUGUUACAUACCUUCCCCUAUUUGGUCUGUCUCCAGGUCAUUUGCGAGAAGCCCCUUCCCCUCUUCUCCUUCAUUCGCCUCAAGUUCCUCCUUUUCCAGGCUUGCCACUCCCUUCCUCACCGCAGGCUGUGCAGCCCAAGAAACAGGUAAUUAUUUUGAAAAGCCAUAUCCACCUUUUUUACGUGCUUUGCCUUUGUGCUGCUCCUGACAUUUUCCCCUGUUUAACCUUUUCAAUCAGAAGUUUUCUCCAUUCAACUUUGUCUUUCCUAUGCUUCAUUGUCACUUCCUGCAUUUGGUAAUCUACAUAUUGAUGUAUAGUCUAGUAAUUACUUCUACUUCUCAGGAUAUAAAAGGAGCAUCAGUUCUCCAGCCUCAGCCAUUUGUGGUGAAGGAGGAGAAACGUCAAUCACCAUCACUUCGUCCUGAAAGCUUCUCACCAGGAAUGAUCAGAGCUGAGCCUCAGAAACUCCAGGAGGCCCUAAAGGGUGCCAGCCACAGCCAACCACGUCAGUCUUAAGUCAUGUCUUUCCCUUGUAUAGAUUUUUCCUGUUCUGAACCUGUAUGUAUGAUGCAGUUCCUGCUUCCCUAUAAUGCUCCUAUCCUCAUAAUUUUAAAAUGGUGUGAGUCUUUUUCCCAGCAUGUCGCCUUUCAAUCCCCAGUUUUUCUUUUUCCCUUUAUUUUUUUUAAUUUACAAAGCCUUGCUGGUUUCUUAGUCUCUUACAUUUUUCUUUUCAAAACCAGGACCAGAUUUAAAAUCUAUGGAUGGAGGCCGAACUGUAAAACCACCUGAGCAGAUCAUCCCACCACCGGGGGUCUCAGAAAAGGAAAAGCAAAAGCAAGAACCUAAGACGCCUGUUGCACCUAAAAAGGUUAGUAUUUUAUAAGCAUUGUAAAGAUUUAAGUGUGACCUAACCUCCUCUUACAGCCAGCUCACAUUCUUAUGCAUAUGUCAUGAUGCUCUCUAGCCAAUUAUUAAUAUAGUCUUAAUUUACCUGGACCUCCUUCCCAUCUGGAGAAAUAUCAAAACAUUUGCAUCUCACCCUAUACACAUUCCUAGUUCAAGUUCUGCCUCCUAACUUUUUCUGACUCCUAUACUCAUUUCAUAUACAUUUGCAUGGAGAUAUUGUCCUUCCCCUAUACUGAUUUAUAAUUAUUGAAACCAACUAGCAUAAUAAAGCAUUUCUGCUUUGUAGAGUGUCCAAGGCUCUAAAUUAGUUUGAAAGCAUGGAAACAAAGUUCCAUCGACUUCUUUCCAUUGCUUUUUCAAUAUUUUGUAAUGGACUAGAUAUUCAAAAUGCAGAUUGUCCUUUCAGUCCUCUGACUUUGUAUAUAAUCGUUGUCUCCUUCAGGACCUAAAGAACAUAGCACGUUGGGCCACUGUGACACAGAAACCAACAGUCACUCCACCUGCACCGUGCAAAUCGUCCAGCGAUAGCUUUGAAUUAUUCAGGCGUGCAGCACGUGAAAAGGAAGAACGUGAGAGGGCUCUAAAGCUCCAGGCUGAGCAAGCCGAGAGGAUGCGCAGAGAGCAAGAGAGGAUGAGGUAAUAUAAAAUAUUUGUGUAAAACGGUACUUGUUUAAACAAAGUAUAAAUGCUCAUGCUUAAUGGCCAUGUGUAUUUUCCAUUUAAAGGAUGAUUGACGAAGGAGGUUUAGUGAAAAUACGGGGUCGGGGAAUACAUAUUGAGUAUGACUCCUUUUUGUAAAUGCCAGGAUGCUCUCAAUGCACAUCAAAUGAGGCUAAAUAUAAUACACAGUUAGGAGUGAGCAAUUAAUUUGUUACAUUCUCUCCAUUUCUACUAUUCUUGGCACAUAGUUAACAACCUGUAAAGUAACUUUGUCUGAUUGAAAAUAAAACCAUUAUGUUUUCAUGUAGCCUCUGUCAGUCAUAACCAUGGGGUGUGGCUCAGGCUGCAUAGACAGAAACAAAAGUGAUUUAACUUUUAAAUGGCAGCAAAUUCAGCAGUGAGACUUCAGAAACAUAGAAUGUGACUGCAGAUAAGAACCAUUCGGCCCAUCUAGUCUGCCCAAUUUUCUAAAUAGUCUCAUGAGUCCCUGACCUUAUAUUAUAGCUAGGAUAGCCUUAUGCCUAUCCCACAUUAAUUCAGAGGUAUGAUCUGUACACCAAAACUGCUUCAUUAAGCUAAAGAUGUUUUGGUGACUAGAAUGUACAAUUGAAACCAGGAAAAAUAAGCUAUAUGUUUGGUUCCUAAUACUGACCAUAACACUCACCAUACAGUAUGAUUGAGAAUGUUUUUGUUAAAGGAUCACUAUAGGGUCAGGAACACAAACGUAUUCCUGACCCUAUAGGGUUAAAACCACCAUCUAGCCCCCCUGGUCCCCUCAUGCAUCCCUAAAAAUAGUAAAUUCUACGUGUAUUCAAGUCUGCAGCUGCAUGCUUUGUCCCUGUUUCCUUUAGACCUGUCCACUGCGUGCUGACAUCAGCAGAAGUGGUAGCUUAAUCCAAUCACAAUGCUUCCCCGUAGAAUUGGCUGACAAAGAGGCAGAUCAGGGGCAGAGCCAGCAGAAUUCAAACACAGCCCUGGCCAAUCAGCAUCACCUCAUAGAGAUGAAUUGAAUCAAUUAAUCUCUAUGAGGAAAGUUCAGUGCAGAGGGAGGAGACACUGAAUGUUUGAAUGCAUUUUAGGCAGCCAUGACCCAGGAAGGAUCUCUAACAGAGGAGUGGCCAGUGAAGUUAUCAAUAGGCAGUAAUGUAAACACUGCAUUUUCUCUGAAAAGACAGUGUUUACAGCAAAAUGCCUGAAGGUAAUGAUUCUACUCACCAGAACAAAUUCAAUAAGCUGUAGUUGUUCUGGUGACUAUAGCGUCCCUUUAAUAAGCGUAUGCACCCACAAUGUACAACACUACCUAAUAGGCUGUUGUAACCUGCAUCACAUAAUAUAACCUACCAAGUUAGCAAAGGCAAUCAAAAUGCACACUAGGCAUUAUAAUCACUUCAUCUCAUUGAAGCAAUGUGCCUUUAUUCUACAUUAAACUUUUUUGAACAGUUUAACACUGAAUAAGAAUUCCCAGCAACCUGCAUCCUAGCAAAGGCGGAGAUUACCAUCUGCAGUACAGAGAGACCAGGCUAGACACGAAUGCAGCAUAAAAAAUGUUUUAAAACCGUUUAACGUUGAAUGUUGGAAACGCACAAGGAGGAACGAGGCACUAUAAUCACUUCAAUGGGAUGAAGUGGUUAUAGUGCCUAGAGUGACCCCUUUAAAAGUUCAGUGUCUGCAUGCAGAGGGUGGAGACACUGAAUGUUUGGAUGCAUUUUAGGCAGCCAUGACCCAGGAAGGAUCUCUAACAGACAUCUGAGGAGUGUCCAGUGAAGUUAUCACUAGGCUGUAAUGUAAACACUGCAUUUUCUCUGAAAAGACAGUGUUUACAGCAAAAAGCCUGAAGGUAAUGAUUCUACUCACUAGAACAAAUUCAAUAAGCUGUAGUUGUUCUGGUGACUAUAGUGUCCCUUUAACCUCUUUAUCCCUGUACUCUGAAGGUAAUUGUAGAUUUAUUUAAUGGAAUUUGACAUUGUAUGAAGUAUAUUGUACUUGAUGACUAUUUCAGAUAACAUAACAUGACAUGACAUUAGUUCAGUAUACAAAUAGUACUAAUAUUCAUGAAAAUGCCUAUAGUGUUUCUAUUGGCAAUUUAAUAGAAUUAAUUGUUUCCUUUCGUGUGCUGUGAGGGAAAGUAUUGUUACAUAAUGGGUGGCAAUAUUUUUUGUGAGCCAAAAAUCCUUGGUGUAAGAGAAAUCUUAUAGAUCUCCAGUCUCUAAACUUUCAUGGGUUAAAUCAUUAGCCUGGGAAAUAAAAAUAGACCAUUAGUUGAGUGAUUGCACCCUGUAUGCUCUCUUAGGAAUCGAGAGGAGGAUGAUGCUCAGGAGCAAGCUCGGAAAGCGCAUGAGGAAGCACGCAGACGGCAAGAACAGCAGCAGCAACCGCAUGUGCAGAGUACCCUUCCUUCUGCUCCACCACCUGCACAGAGUUCCCAGCCAAUAAUGGAUCAGCGAGAGAUGGCCAGGAAGCGAGAACAAGAGAGGAGGCGGAGACAGGCAGUAAGUGUCUGUUUGGUUAUUCUUUUGGAGGGGAGGGGGCUUCAGAAGAAAUCGAUUUAAAGUGACACUCCAGAACCCCUAAAACACUUUAGUUUGCUGAAAAUCUCUCUGUGAAGAGUGUUUCCUCCUUUUUGCAUUUUACAAAAAGUGCAGAUUUCAAUAGAAAUUGACACAUUUAUAAAUUAACCUGGUUGCAACCAGUCCUGGUACUUCCUGGUUUGGUUAGCUCAGUGACGCUAAACCCGAGGCAGCAGUUGCUCAGAGCAUCUGCCUCAUAAAGACUUCUCAUUGAGCAUGCAUGAUAGGAUGGCCACAGAAAGUCUGGAUGGGGUUAGAAGAGGAGGCUUUGCAAAGACAGCAGACAGAAAAUCUGCAGGUUUUCAAGCUAUUUUAGCCAACCACGUGUCAUGUGUCAGCUAGCCUGACAAUUCAAUAAAUACAAAAAAAAAUGCAGCAUUAAAUAUGUGCAUGUUUUGAUUUGGAGUGUAUCUACUAAACAUUAAUAUUUAUUUAUUUUGCAUUUGGAAAGUGGAGUGUCACUAUAGGUUUAUCAGGAGCCUUUUCCUUCAGACUGGUGUCAAUAAUCAUGCCCUAUUUCUUUCUACAGAUGACUCCUUCUAUAGACAUGAAUUUUCAGAGUGACCUGAUGGAGAUAUUUGAACAGAACCUUUUCUCUUAAGACUUUGUUCUCCUCACCACCACCUCCUCCACCACUUUACUCCUUAAAAUCCCUUCCCACAAUUUCCAGUUUUUUUUUUUUUUUUCUUAAUGUCAGAAAAGGGGCAGGAGGAUCCCUCCCAACAAGAGACACUGAAUAUGCUCCCCUCCUGUAUUUUUAUCCCCAGCCCCUGUAUAUUGAGGCAAUGUGUCUCCAAAAGUGAUACCAGAAGAACAGCAGUAUCUACCCCCUAUUUCUUGGAUUAUCGUGCAGUAAAUCCUCCACCCUUCACCUCUGUCAAUGCUGAACUAUGUUGAAGAGCAGAAACUCUCCAGGAGGGCGAUCUGAAUCUCUUUCCUCUACCCCCUUUCUGUGAGACGUGGAGUGGAACACUUUGCAAUGAAUGAGGUUCACACAGAGGAGAGUGCGGGUUUUGGGUGGAGAGAAAUGUGUGCUUGAUUUUGUUUGAAGAAGAAAAGGGGGCUGCAGAAUAUUGAUCUUUGUGUGUGUACGCGCGUACGUGCAAAUGAGUCACUAAUAUAAGAAGAUUAGUGAGUUUCAGAGAUUACUGGCGUACAUAUUCAGAUUGCUCUGCAACUAUUACAUACAUCUUUGUGCCCUUACAUAUUUUUUAAAUUCUCUCUAACCUUUCUGAGUUCACUUGCUGCUACACCCACAAGCAUAAAUGUACUUAUUUAUUUAGUGCACAUGGAAUACGCAGAGAAAUAUUCAAUGGCAUCAAGAUUAGUAUUAGUCCAUAGAAUUCAGAUUGCCGUGUGGAACAUCUGUCACACAGCUCUGCAUUUAACAAUGUAAUCCGGACGUACAAUUACUAAAAUGCGUUACCAGUCCCAAGCAGCGUAUACGAAAUGCAUUUCUAGGUGCUGAGCACUGAUUUUUAUACAGACUGCUUUUAAUAUGUCCCUGUAUUUUAUAAAUUCAGACCCCAGAUUGCCACGUGCCUGCCAGGGACAGCAUUCUCUCCUGUGGUUCUAUUCUGUAACCUUCCAUCUUCCAUCCUUACACUGCACAAAAUCUGCUUUUACUUUAUUUUUAUUUUGCUUUCUUGGUAUUUUUUUUUCUAUGCUCUGCAUCAGUAUGUCAUUUAUGCUUACUUGGAGUUGGGUACGCAAUUCAUAGCCAUCUUAAAAUGCACAUUGGUCUGUGUAAAAUCGAUGCUGCGUGCCUGGUUGCCAUUUUGUAUCUUUGCUCUGCUAAAUACAUCUGUUGCUUUUUUUUAUUUUUUAAAUAGUAUUUCUAUGUGCCUGCAUCAUGUUUCCUUUGUUUAUAUAUACCCAGAGUAUCUCGCACACGUGUCCUCCAUGUGUUGUUUUUUUUUGUGUGUGUAUGUAUAUUUAUACACAUACACGUUCUCAUAUACAUGUAUAUAUCCAGUUUAUGAUGUGUUAUUUUUCUCAUAUACAUCUAAAAAGUUCUUUAAACUCAGGUAUUAAAAAAAAUCCCCAAUCUGCGAAGCUCAAGAGUUGCUCUGUAUACUUAACGCAAGUACUCAUGCAUGCUAGCCUGAAACAUGCAUACAGGCAUUGCUUAUAUGGCAUGAUCUUAAGACAAGAUGGUUUAUAGCCUCACAGGUUGUCGCACAUGGGAUUUAAUAAACAUAUAUACCAUUAAAACAUUUGAUAUAGACAAUUGCUCUGCAUAUUUUACCCAUGCUGCUCUGCAGAGUUUUUCCAAUCAGUUUGUGUGGCUACAACUACAGUGCCACCAAUGCAUCAUUUAGUUAAUCUACAGGGGAACUGCUCUAGCAUACAUUGUACAGGUUCUACUCUGAUCAUAUUUUAAGAUUCAAAGAUAAAACGUUUUCUACAAUUUCACAUUGUUUAAGAACCCUGCCGGCAUGCAGCAAUAUUGGCAGCCCUUAAGCUGCUUACUCUUGUUUGUAGAGCAGAGACCUAUCCUAUCUCUUAAAUUUCCUAUUCACACUCUAUAGUGUAGUGAAUUCCCCGCACACUAAUCUUCAUACUCUUCCCAGUGCUCUGUAUUGAAAAACUGUACUGCGUUUUACACAAAGUUCAGCGCUCCGCGUCUGCAGGUUAAUAUAGUGCAAUUUUCUGCACACACAAUACAAUACUCUGCAGGCUCCCAAAGCCUUCACUCUUAAGGGCUGCAGUCUUCUAUAACUGCAGUACCCACUUAUAAAUGUAGUGCAGAUCUCGUGCGUGCGUGCGUGUGUGUAUGUGUAUGGGGUCUCUAAUUGUUGAUUAUGAGGGCAAAACCCAAUUUGAUACAAACUUAACCUUUCCCUCCUAACCCCUCCUUUCCUGCCUCUGUAAUUUUACCCUUCCUUUUGUUUAAUUUCUCUUUUUUUGUUCUUUGUUUCUUUUUUUUAUUUUAUAUAUAAAUAUAUAUAUAAUUUGAACUGUUUAAAAAAAGAAAAAAAAACACAAGAAACUCAAAACAAAUCCUUUAUGUGCCAUAUGCUCUGUCUCCCUUCCUUUAUCGACCCACCUCCUUUUUUUUAGAUAGUGUACUGUCCCAUUUCCUCAUGUUUUCCUGAGUAACAGGCACAGAAGUCUGUGUUGUAACUGAUUUCAUGCAAUAAAGUCUUUUUUUAUUAUAUUUUCAUUUUACUUUUGAUGUAUUUAAAGAAAAUCUAUUUUAAGUUGUUUUUCUACCUUUCCCCUUGCAUCCCAUUCCCUUCACCAAAUCCUUCCCUUUUAAUACCUUUGGAAGAAGGGGUGUUGUUGUCCUCUGCAGAAAGAGGGGAGAGUUUACCCCACAGUAUAUGUUUGGGUCAUGUGAGGUGGUGGUAGGGAAGGGUGUUACUGGUGCAGUAUUUGUAAGGUGAGAUGGUUAAGUGAUGCUCUGCAGGACUGUGUAAAUUUCCAGGGCUGGCAUUGAUAUGUUCAUGUGAAACGUAGCAGGAACUUUAUGCUGCAUUUAUUACAGGUGGUUAUAGGAUAUGUAAUAUUUGACCAAUGCUCUGUACUGUAUAAAGCAAAUCAUUUGAAGUCAGGUUACUAUCAACUAUAAAGUGUUACUGGCACAGAAGAAACUUGCAAUUGAAUACGCUAGUCAGGUUUGCUUACCCAGAUUUUUCUUCUUCAGCCUUCUAACUAGAUUUGGACUGCAAUCUCCAAAUUCCAGUCAGUGUAGCCUGACAAUGAUGGGAUGUGUAGCAAUAGCUAAUGAUUGAACGUCCAUAGCAUAAAUGGAUGUGCUGCAAGUCUCUGGCAUGUUAGUGGUUAACGAGGUUGUGUUUUACAAGGUGAAACUACAAAUGCAGUGUUAGAUUAGUUUUGAAAUCCCCACACCUUUUUCUUUUUUUUUUUUUGUCCCAGAGGUUAUUAUUGCAGCCUUUAAUGCUGGUAUCAAUGACAUCAAAAAUCACAAUGUGGCCCAUUACAACACAAAUCAUGAUGAAAACUAGCAAGAUUUCAUAUAUCUAUUUUGGCUUUUUUAUUUUGUUACUGUGUGUGUUUAAUAGCUAAAUAAAUACCCAAGAAUUGCUGAUGUAAAUAUUUAAGUCAAACACUUCACAGAGAAAAAAUUAUUGCUCCUCAGUAUCCCAUAUAAAGGAAAGCAUUUUGAUUAUGCUCACAAAAUGUUCAGAGAGUUUGUUUAAAAUAAAUACUGUUAAGAUCGAUGCACUGUUUUUGGUUUGUUUUUAAAGGGAAAACAUGCUAUGUGUUUUCUAGCCCUAAUACCGCCAAUGGAUGCUUGGAGAUUUAUUUUUCUCCCUUCCUUGAAAGGGUUGAGAAUAACUCUUAACUCUAAAGGUCUGGUACAUCAUGUGAUGGUAUUAAGACAAUUCACCAGCUUCUGAAAUAUUACACCAUUAUCUCUAAAUCCCCGAUCCAGGCAAAGUUCAGGAUCAAACUCUUCAAUCUGAAAAUUAAACUUGGAUACCCCAAAAUUGAUCUUCGUAUCAUGAUCUCAUCUGCUUCUCUCUGGUAGUGAAACAUUAUUUUGGAUCAUUUGAUUAAUGGAGCAAAGAGCUGAGUUUUCAGCAUUAUCCUUUUGUAUGUUAGAGGAAGAGGUGAACUAUGUCGGUAAUCUGUGCAUUUUCUGUUAACAUAUAUAUAUAUAUAUGUGUGUUUUGGGGUGUUUUUUUUCUGUCUCUGCUGGCAGUGUACACAUCCCCAUGCUUGCUUUGUCAACCUCUUUUGCCAUGGUAUCCGCCAGUCUUAAGGCUAGUUGUGCAUCAAAUUAAAUAUAAUUUAAACUUAUUUAGGGUACUGGAGGUAGUCAUCAGAGAGUUGAUUUUCUUUUGUUACCUAUGGACACAGUAUUAUGGUUGUAAAAAUAUAGCAAAUCAUAUCUUUUUGUUAGAGCUGAAAAUGAAUUUGCGUAGCAAGCAUGUCCCUGGUUUUCUUAAUAGUGAUGGGAGGCAGGGGGGGAAUCAGCAGUACAAAAUAUGUUGGAUAAAACCUCAUUUAAGUUCAAGUGCUAAAAUUAGCUCAGUAUUGUAAAUGCAAUUACCAAAUAUUAUGUGAGACAUUAUUAAAAAGGAUCCUGUAUUUCAUGUAGUGUACUAUAGACAUUUGUCAACAUCAAAGGCUCAGGCUCACAGCACAGCUUUAAAUAAAUUCUUGUUCUAAAGUGUUCUCAUUUCUACACAUAAACUGUCUCCUCUAUGUCUGUGAGAAUAAGUUUGGAAGAUGUGAUAACUCUGCCUGAUAUUUUGGAUAAGCUCUGCAGCUGAAGAAGUCAAUUUUCUGUAAAGCAUAAGGAAAAUGAUUAUAUAAAAUUCAAUAUCAUUUAACGUGCAGUCAAAGGUUUGUGAGGUGGGUGCAACUUUGUGCUGGGCUCCCUCAAAUAAGGAUAUGGUGAAUUAAAUACCUUCUUAGGACACCCACAGCCAUCAGACCAUAAUCAUAUGUAAGAGGACUGAAGAGAAAAAUGGGACUAAUGGUACUUUCUCUAACAUGGGUGGGUAAUUCUGUACAGCAAAGUAGGAUGCAUUACAUUAAUUUUUCAUUUAUUCAUUGUUUGCCAAUGCAAAUAGACAGAUCUCUACCUAACAUAAACAUGAUUACUUAAGUCACACAGUCAAUACCACGAGGAGGAUCAGCCCAUUCUAAUAAAAGUGUAGACUUUGCUGGUGACGUGUACUAUAGUUGAAGGAACCUCCAAUGCAGGCAGUCAGCCAGUGUCAUUUUAGCAUUAACUGUUUCAGGCUGUCUUCCUGUUGUAUAACAAAGUAUUUGUUACAAAAUUCAGGCAUUUGGCAUUAUGGGGAAACAGGGCUAUAUUCCAUGAGCAAUCCAGAAGAUAUCUGGGUUCCUUGUAACCCACCUGUUCUAGUGUCACAGAACCAAGAAAGGCUGUGUUUGGAACAAUGAAAUGCACAAUAGUGCCAACAUAUUGGGCAGCACUCCAGUGUUUUAUAUGGAUAAGUUGUUAAUAGAAUAUGAUUUUCAGACCGAUGUGAACAAGAGUUGUCCAGCUGGAUUACAUUUCUCAAAGGCUGCUAGGUUAAUGCUGGACACUUCUGGCCUAAUGAGUCCCUUAAAUCAAUCUUUCUUUUCAUAUAGGUUGAUAAAAUGCUAGUUGAGCAUUCAUGUGAAAACUCAAUAUUACUCUUACACCUGUCUAUUCUGCACAGUAAUAAGCGGAAUGUUCAAUAACCAUGUGUGACUGGUUUCUGCAUGAUUCAUCUGCAAACUGUAUUGCAUUCUCUGAAUGUUGGUUCUACUCAAAAUCUGAAUUUUAGUACCUACAAUGGCCAGAACAGUGUCAUCUGUGGGGUAUGCAAUGCUAUCUUUCAGCCUUUUGUUAUGAAUAGGGUAUUUUAAGUCUGUUAGUUUAAUGCAAACCUUUUGCUUGUUUAUGAGUGUAGCAACACAUUAUUCCUUGGUGUAUACAUAGUUCAUUUUGAAAGUUAUAUGAAAGAGUCCAUAAAGAAAACCAGAAGGUCCAACAGAUAUACUAGUUAUAUCUAAUGUAUGCAGCUGUAAUUGUAAAUAUUGCAGUCUUCAUAAAGAGAGAAGGCGAUACCUAGAACAUUUGAAACCUCAUCAGAUUUUUGUGACUUUGAAAUAGGUACAUUUUAGCCAGUAACUGAGAGCAGGCAGGUGAGGGGCAAAGAAAAUUUGUAAACUAGAAUUCUGCUCACAACUGACUGUUGUGAUGUUUUUCACUAAACCCCAAAUUCUACAAAAUUGCAAAGACUUUGCACGCAUUGAGGGGAGCACCUUUUUAUUACUGAAAAUAAGAUUACAUGUACUUCAGCCUCUGUGGGUAUCAUUGUGUAAUACAUACUUUGAAGUAAACAUGCAUCCCAACUUGCCCUGUACAUAAGAGUAGCUCAUAAUUGUGUUUCCUUGGUUGGAAGGAUAGCUUAUCCAAUUGAAGACCUUGUGCAAUAUGAGCAACUGAAAGUGGUUAGCAGUGUACGUUAGUGAUGUCUGGUCCUGCAUAUGGUGUCUGGGUUCAUGAACUUGCUUAGAUCUGUUACCUGCAUGGUCUUCAGUUGGAUAUGCAGUGCUGCUGACCAAGGAAGAACUUAAGAAUGGCAACGGCCAAACCCCCCAAUGCAAAGUUUUUUUUUUGUUUUUUUUUGUUUAGUUUUUUUGUUUUUUUACAUAAGCAUUACAAAAUGACACACCUUACGUGUGGCUUCUUUUAUUUUCAAUAAUAAACAUUACUAAGUUUAUUAAAAUAUAUAAAAACUCACUUGUGAAAUUUUGAAUAGCUGCUGUCUGUGGACACCAUGAUUUAAUCCCUUCAAAAAAAGCUAAAUAGAAGGGGUGUUGCAAAACAUUUUGGUUGAUUGUAAUAUAAUAUGCUUGUAUAUAUCGUUAAAAAAAUGUUUUCACAAAUGUCUGUUGAUAAUGCUGUUCAGAUACCACUAGAUAUUGCACAGAGAUUACCAGUGUAGAUUAGUUGUGUACUAAAUAAAUACCAGUACAGAUACAGAUUGCUGUAAAUAAAUGCAAUCCCACUUAGUUUUCAUGUAUUUAUUUAAUAAUAUAAAUAGGGAAUAUAUAACCUGCAUAUAACCUUUUAAAAGGACUAUCUGUUCUUAUGAAAAGGGGAUUAGGCUACAUUACUUUGGUAAUCUAAAUAGACCAUUUACGAAAAGAAAAGAAAAAGGUGCCAAACUAUUAUAUGCAGGCAAGACAGAGUCUGAUAGAUAUGUGAAUAAUUACGCUGUAAAUUAGUUAAAAAGGUAAAAUACCGUUUCUGAUAUACUAUUUUUGAUUCGGACAUCUGAACAACCUCACCAAGCAUCCUAAAUUGAGCAAAUUAUGCAAUGUAAAAAAAGUACAACUAAUAAUGGCGGAUGACAUUAUUUAUAAAACGCCAACAAAUUCAACAGCGCUGACAUUACACACGUUAAAGAAAAUCAUGCAGAUCACUUUCUAAAAAGAUUAAAUCUGUAAGAUAUAGUUCCCUUUUAGAAAAUACAGAUAAUACAUUUUGCAAAUCUUUCAAGACUUAAGGUUUUCAACGUUUUUGUUUUCAUUGCAGACUAUGGUGUACUAUAACUGGAGUGCUAAUAUUGAAAUGACAUUUGUAUUUUGAGGGUUUAAAUAUUGUUUAAAGGACUUUGACAAUACUGCUUUGUAUAAUCUCUUACAGGUAACAUGAUUGUAAACCUACAAUUUAAAAUAUAGAACAGCUAUUGUUUCAAAUCCAUUUUUUUUUUUUGUUAAUUACCAGUCCCAUUUUUUUGAUUUAAUGAAAAUAAAUUCCAUAGACGACAAAAAUUUUUAUUUAAAUGUAAAGCAGGAAAUGGUUUGCUUGUCCAAUCUGUAAUUAAUGUUAGCUUCUGAUAUUUGCCAUCCUGUAUAGUUUCACAUGUAAAAUAUGAACAGUGUUUUUCUCCUUGGGUCCGUAUUAAACAUAUUAUUUCUUAUCUGCCAUUGAUUGAAAUCAAGACCAUCCUUGAUUUUGUGUUUUGUGGCUCCCUUUAAGAAGCCAGGUCUCCACCACCUCUGUAUUUUAAAAGGUCUGUAAGAUUUUCUUUUCUUCUUUCUGUUUAAUAGUUUGUCUCUUUUAUACACUGCUAUAUCCAAAAGAAAACCGUAUUUAACUCUGGGAGCGCAGUGUGUGUCUAAUAAACCAGAACAGUUUUAUAUGUUUUCUUUUGUUUUAAAUUCCUAAAUAUAAACAAAUUUCCAGUAUACUUACAGAUGCUUGUCUUAGUAUUUGCUAUCCAAUGAGUGCAGUUCAGAGGGAUUUUAAUUUACUAUAUUUUUUUUUUUUUAUUAUUCUAAUGGCCAGGUAACCUGCAGAGCAUCACAUACAAGGUUACAGACAUUUAAAUAAAAAUAAAGAAAAUACCAAAUUUAUAUCAAACUACAAAUGUAUCACGGGCUUGUAUUACCAUGUUCUUAUAAAAGUCUGUCUGAAUUUAAGAAAUAAAUAGAAUUUUUCUCUAAA